AUGGAGGCUCAUAAUGAAGCAGACAGUACAUGUAAGCAGGGGAAGGUUUGGAGGGGAGGGUGUGCUGUGGAGACUGGCGGCUCAGUGGGCUACAGCUCCCUAAACCUGGCGCUGCAGAGAGCCAGAAGAGUGCUCCAGAAGGCCAGGGGCAGCCAUGGUCAGCCUGGCCAUGCUCAGAGCCUGCUGGUUGGGCCUAGCUCCAUGAUCACAUGGCUGGGAGUCUGGCAGGGACACAGCCCUGGGUGAUGCUCAGAAUAUUGAUCACUUCGGCAGUGGGGAGGGCAUGGACCAUGUACAUCGGCUGCCAGCCAAUCCUUUCCUCUCCUCCUCCUACAGUACCCCUCUCCUCCUCCCUCUCUGCUACCCCCUCCAUCGCUCCCCCUCCAUCUCCACCCUGCUCACAAAGCCCAGGGCUUACAGUUCUGUUGGCCUGGGAGGGGGGGUUGGAGGGAGGUGAGCGGGGCUGUCCUCCUCCACUCUCCUCAUGCUGGGAACUUUACCAGUGCACACAAAAAGGGCCUCUGAGGCUGUGAGGUGGGGGGUUAUUCACAAGCUAUUGUGGAUGCUGUAUUGUUUCAAUAGGAAUGUGUGGGUGCAUUCAGUAUGCCCACACUAGCAUACAGUACUGCCCAGGAUAUUACCAGAAGUGAAAUGAGAUGAAUGAAAAUGAUUUGGACAUGGGAUAAUUGAAGGAAACAUGUUUAAUUGGAGAGUUAUGUGAAAUAUUUGCUGUAACUGUUCUAGUUUCUAUGAAUGGGCAUCACAAUUGUUUUUUGUCAACUGUUUUUAUCAGCCGUUAUGGGCAUAACGAUUAUUUUUUUGUCACCGGUUAACUGACUAACCAGCUUGCACAUCCAUAAUAGUUUGUCUAGCCGUUAGCAUUUGUCACUGGAAUGUUGAUGAUUUGUUUACUGUUGCAUUGCUCUCAAUGUGACUAGUUUGCUAAAGCCAGUGCAUGUCGAUUGAUUAGAAUUGUGGUCCGUAUUGUUUGGGGUCUAAUGUGUAACAUUGAGUGUCAAAUGUUAUUUUCUAUAGGAUGGAAUAACCCAUACUGGUUCAUAAACUAGAUUCCUCCUCUAUUUUCAUAUGCUAAACUAGCAUUAGUUAGUGUACUCAUUUUACUACAUACAGUUCUUCCUAUACGCUAUUUCAUCAAGCUCUGUAUUUCCUGAUGGGUCCUAUUCUGUUAUUUGACUCUCAGUAUAUAGCGUCUGCUUUGAAUAAGUAUGCGUGUGCAAAUUGAGUCACCUGUGCAUUUGACUGUGGUGAGGCAGGCUGGGGCCCCACCUUUACAACAGGUGUAUGUGUAUUGUGGUGCGCCCCACCUUGCACUGUUUCCAUGGAGAGUCCGGUGGAAGAUACCAUUUAAACUCCUGAAAAGGAGGGUGAGCAAAUGGACGCAUUUAUAUUUAAGCUUCAGCAUUAUAUGGAUAAAACGUCAACUUACUAUAUGGUUAUAUUAGUCCUUGUCAUAUAUCUGACAUUUUGAAUUGACGCCAUGCUCUAAUCUAAACAGUCAAAGUCCUGUCAGUCUGAGAAUAGUUCAGUGCCACUCCCCUGCUCCGGUUCCACAGUGAGCUGUCCUCUAGUCAUGGACCAGAGAGAGCAGGAGGAGGGAGGGAGUGUCUGACUGGGUGACAGACGUGCCUUGCUGUCCUCACACAAACACACACACUGACUUAGACACACACACUCUCUCGCUGACUGAGACUGACACACACACACACACACACACACACACACACACACACACACUGAGACAUGGCUUUGGACUUGAGACAGCUGGGCUCUGCUGGGCCCCACUAGCCACUAGCCUAGUGUUGGUGUUAGCAUGUCACUGCCCUGUCACAGCACCCCAGAGGACAGCUUGGAGUAUGUCUGUUCACCUGACCACUGUGAUGGAGAGGAGGAGGAGGAGGAUGAAGAGCAGCGUACUCUGGAAGAAGGUAUACUAACUGGAAUUAUGGGAGCUUUGCUACUCCUGUCAUUCACGUAGUGGUUUUGAACCACAUUGUUAGACUGCUGUCUGCUUCUCCUGCUCCCUGUCUAUACUACAUUGAUUGGUUUUAGGUCUUUAUGUGAAAGGUUUUCAUGUGAAUUUGUAUUAUACCAGGAGAACCGCGAGGACAUUUAGUACAUUGUUUGUAUUCAGAGUAAACAUGGAAUGCAGGUCAUCAGGCUUCUGAUAGCAUCAACAGAACAGGCAGCCGGCAUGUCAUCAGGCUUCUGAUAGCAUCAACAGAACAAAGGCAGCCAGCAGGUCAGAUCAGUCUUCUGAUGUUUACUACUGCUGUUAUUUAACAUGAGCAGUAUCACCGUGGGAGCAGAGAGCAGCUGUCUGCCUAUACCCUACCCAGUAACAUGGGGCCUGGGUUAGGGGAGUAGAGAGCAGCUGUCUGCCUAUACCUACCCAGUAAACAUGGGGCCUGGGUUAGGGGAGCAGAGAGCAGCUGUCUGCCUAUACCCUACCCAGUAACAUGGGGCCUGGGUUAGGGAGUAGAGAGCAGCUGUCUGCCUAUACCCUACCCAGUAACAUGGGGCCUGGGUUAGGGGAGCAGAGAGCAGCUGUCUGCCUAUACCCUACCCAGUAACAUGGGGCCUGGGUUAGGGGAGCAGAGAGCAGCUGUCUGCCUAUACCCUACCCAUGUAACAUGGGGGCCUGGGUUAGGGGGAGCAAGAGAGCAGCUGUCCUGCCUAUACCCUACCCAGUAACAUGGGGGCCUGGGUUAGGGGAGCAGAGAGCAGCUGUCUGCCUAUACCCUACCCAGUAACAUGGGGCCUGGGUUAGGGAGUAGAGAGCGAGCUGUCUGCCUAUACCCUACCCAGUAACAUGGGGCCUGGGUUAGGGGAGUAGAGAGCAGCUGUCUGCCUAUACCCUACCCCAGUAACAUGGGGCCUGGGUUAGGGGAGUAGAGAGCAGCUGUCUGCCUAUACCCUACCCAGUAACAUGGGGCCUGGGUUAGGGGAGCAGAGAGCAGCUGUCUGCCUAUACCCUACCCCAGUAACAUGGGGCCUGGGUUAGGGGAGCAGAGAGCAGCUGUCUGCCUAUACCCUACCCAGUAACAUGGGGCCUGGGUUAGGGGAGCAGAGAGCAGCUGUCUGCCUAUACCCUACCCAGUAACAUGGGGCCUGGGUUAGCUCUGAUGUGUGGUGCGCCGCUGGAUCUAUAUCUAUUCUAUCACAUCCCCGAUCUAUGCUAUGUGUGUGCUGUUGAUUAGUCUCUGGUUGGUCGGUUGGUUUCCGUGGUUGCAGUCCACCUCAAAAUGUUGACACCACACCCUGGUUAUUUGUUGUUCUUUUGUUGUGCUCAUUAGGAUAUUAGAAUAUCGCAUUUUCAGUGGUGGUGAUGGAAUGUGUUUUGUAAUGUAACAUGACUUUGUAUACAUGUCUGCCUUUCAGUUUAAAUGCACCUGUCACAGAGUAAAUUACUCUACAUUGUUUUUUUAUCAUCCAAUAACCCUUUCUUAUACUGUAGUGGCCAUUCGCUAUCAUGCCUGCACACUGAUGCUGCAGGCUGCACAUGUAUGUAAAUAUGUACUUUGCAUCUAACUCAUUUACAUUCAUUUCCACCAUUGGAGUUCAAAACCUGUGUUUGCUGCCCUACAGAAACCUAUCUGAGAUUAGAACAAACUCUCCCUUAAAGGGAUACUUUGGGAUUUUGGCAAUGAGGCCCUUUAUCUACUUUCCCAGAGUCAGAUGAACUUGUGGAUACCAUUUUUAUGUGUCUGUCUGCAGUUUGAAGAAGUUGCUAACUAGCGCAAUUGCUAACUAGCGUUAGCACAGUGACUGGAAGUCUAUGGGUAUCUGCUAGCUAGUUAGCAAUUGCGCUUGCGCUAGUUAGCGACUUCCUUCAAACUGCACGCAGACACAUAAAAAUGGUGUCCACUAGUUCAUCUGACUCUGGGGAAGUAGAUAAAGGGCCUCAUUGCCAAAAUCCCAAAGUAUCCCUUCAACCCCAAAGAAAUAACACAUAGGAGUUGUCUGAAGAAACAAGUCUUCCUAUUGUCAACAUCCACAAGGUUAGUUAGGAGUAACCACAGAUUAAAGUUGGACUCUGUUGUUCCUAGCUCUGUGUUGCCUCUGUUGACGUUUUGGGAACCUGAUAUGACUUGCUCAUUAAUAGACUACAAACUGUGGAUGGAGAGAUUGAGUGAGAAAUGAAAAGGGCAGGAGUGAGUUCAAGGUUUCUUCUUAGAAUAUGCCUUUAGAUUACAGUUGAAGUUCAACAAUCAUUUUAAUAUACAGUAUAGUUCUUCUUUGUUUUAUAAUUGUUUUUGUUCUAUAUCGUGGAGCUCCGCCCCAUAGGGGAGCUCUGCUCCUAGUGGUUUACCCUCUGCCCUACGGCAGCAGCAGCCUGAGACAAAAUUAUGCACACACCUACAGCCAAUAGGAGUACAGGUGUCCCUAUAAGAGGGGAUGCCUCCCCUCAAUCAGCCUCCCUUUUUCUUCAGCGACUGGAUGACUAGACUGAAGAGCCAAGAAGAGACGAAGCACGAAGACUCAGGACGAAAACGCCGUUGAUAUUCCAGUCAUCAACGUCGUCUAAAUGAGCACACCGGGAGAUUUUCCACCCCCAAAAGCUCUUUUCAGAGCUCAGUGCAGAUGCACUUCCAUGGCGGCCGGUGACCACCACGACCUAUGUUUCGUGUGUUUGGGAUCCCAGCAUGCCAAGGAAGGCGUCUGCAGUCCCCCGAAUUGCGCCUCCUGCGCCCUCCUUUCUUUAAAGGAGAGGAAGCAGCGUUGGGCGUUUUUCAGGGAGGACAUCCCCCUUGAGGAUGUGCUGUCGAUACUAGCCUCUGCUUCAGAGGCGUCGUCCGACGGCGCAGACUCGGGGGAAGAUAGGGACUUUGAGGAAGGGUCUGGCAUUCCAAUGGAACAGUCGGACCCCGUCCCUCAUACUUUCAAGCCCACCUUUCCUUUGGAGAGCGAGAGGGCUUGUAGUCCCUAUAGCGAAGGGGAUACGAGCUCUGAGAGAUCAGAAGCUCUCUCUUUCGCUGCAGCAUCUCUGAGAUCGGACUUUCCGGGCCUCAUUGAGAGAGCUGCUCAACGGCUGGUAAUAAGGCUGCCCCCUCUUCCCUCCGCACCGGAGGUUGAUAUGAUGGAGGGCGGUCCUUAUUCCAGGCCAAGGAAGGCGGCAGAGCCAGUGGCUCCUGCCAUGCCUUCUUUGGCUAGGUACGUUGAGGGCUCGUGGGAGGCACCUUUAGCGGCGCGUUCGCCUGUAAAAGCGUAUCUCCCAUUCACGAGAGUGGAAGGAAGGUUUCAGGGUCAGGGAAUCCCCAGGUUAGAGAGCGCCAUGGCGGCGUAUCUCGUACCGGGUUCGAGCCCUUGGCCCUCUUCCAAGAAGGCCACGUUGCCAUCCCAGAAGGACCGACUCACAGCACAGCUGUUAGAGAAGUCUUUUGGAUUGGGAGCCCAAGCUGUAGCAGCAGCUAACAACAUUGUCCUCUUUUGGCGGCCUCUCUGUCCCGUUUAACCACGGGUAAGACAGAGAUGGCACCGGAGGAGGUGGAGGAGGCGUCCAGAAUUUCUGGCGCCAUACUCCACCUGACACAGGCGUCCGCAGUCUGCGCGGGGAGAUCCAUGGCCACUUCGGUGGUCGGGGAACCACACCUCUGGUUGUCAUUGACAUCCAUGAAAGAGGCAGACAGGACGUCUCUCUUGAACACCCCCCUCUCUGAGGACGGCCUCUUUGGGGUCGCAGUCAAAGAGGCGACGGAGCGUUUCUCUAAGUUAGAGGAGGAGAAGAAGCAGUUGGCCAAGCACCUGCCGUUGGCAGGACGACUCGGCCCCCCUCCUCCCCAAAGGCCAUCUACCUCCGCCCCUCUAAGUAGACCGGGGUCUACGACGAGGCGGCGUAAUCGGCGUCAUCCGGCGGCCACGAGCAGCAAGGGAACGGGCCCGGCCUCCCAGCAGCUACGGUAGCCCCACUACAGCCGGCGAGGGAGGUGACGAGGACGCCGACCUGGCCCUCCAAGGGAGGCAAGAGGAGGCGUACGUGACGGGACGCGGGGAGAGAGGAUGGAGGACGCAUCGAUGGUGUCGAACGUGCCCACUGUUCCCCCCCCACCCUUCGGUUGAAGGGAUGGGUGUUGAUGUUAAUGCCUUUGUUGAUGUGUUUAAUAAAGAGUUGGCUCCACCUGACUUUGUCAAAAAAGAGCCUCUUUUCCAUAAUACGUCCGAGAGCGUUCAAAUCUCACCCUCUCUUCCUUACCACUCUAAGAGCCGUUCAGCCCACCGAGGAUGCGUUGCUGAACAGGCACUAAGAGUAGGUAUCCAGAAGACCUCAAUCAGGUCGUCACAUCACACUUCACGUAUAAGAAGUGCUUUACAUAGAAGGCAGCAGUCCCGGUCAGAUUCUGACAUGAGGACGCAGCCGCUAUUUGGGGAUGGCGCACUAGCACAGACCUAAGGUCUCCACUAGUACGAGCCAGACCCAUGCUGCGUUCACGGAGGGCCCGAUUACCGCGGUCACCAAGGUGCCCAGAGUAUCGGCGCCCCCAGGCAUUGUAACACAGCAGCUAUCUGGGGACGGCGCAUUAUCGCAGACCUCGGUCUCGGUUAAUGCGAUUCAGACCCAUGCUACGUUCACGGAGGGCAGGAUUACUAGCGUUAUUGGUAUAACCAAAGUAUCAGCUCCCCUGACAGAACGAGCCAGUACUCACCACACUGAGCGUGAAUCAACCCACCAGGGUGCAGUGUUGAACACACACAGAAGGUGAAAGUCAAGAAGGUAUCAAGGCGCCGCCUUGUUUUACCUCAUAGAGACCUCAUACUACAGACUUCUAGGAGUACUGUAGUGAAGGGCUCUGAUAGCGAAUUGCAGUCACCUAAGAUGACGCAAUCGCUUGCUGGGGAUGGUGCCCUGCCGCAGGCUGUGGCCUCGGUCAGCGCAAUUCAGACCCGCGAUGCGUUCAAGGAGGGCAGGAAUACGACAGUUACGGGUUUUAACCGACGUCCCUACUCCUCUUUCUUUCUCAGAACGCAUCGAUAGUUCCUCUCCCUUUCACGGGAGGCCCACCUUGGGCUGUUCCACCACUUCAAUGUUGGGGAACAGUGGCGGUAAGGGCCAUAGAGGAAUACAGGUCCUUCCUACUGGAUGCACCACAGCUUCGCGCCCAGCCGCUUUCUCUGCAUUGCUGGCAGUGGCAAAGAAGCUGCACCCUCUCACGCUGGCUAGAACAGACGUUGCAGAAGGGUUAUGCCCUCCAAUUCCACCAGACCCCACCCCCGUUCAGGGGAGUGGUGGAGACGGUGAUGAAAACGCCAGACAAAGUGGCCGCUCUGAUGACAGAGAUUACGGAACUUUUGGCGAAGGAGGCGGUGACAGUAGUUCCCCGGGAGCAAAGGAACAAAGGGCUAUAUUCGCCUUAUUUCCUAGUGCCCAAAAAGACGGGGGGAGUGAGGCCGAUUUUGGAUUUACGCAUUCUCAACGAGAGCAUAACCAAACGGCCCUUCCGAAUGCUAACGACAAAACGUCUGCUGGAAUGUGUCCAGAGAGGGGACUUUUGUACGAGCAUAGACCUAAAGGACGCGUACUUUCAUGUGCCGGUUCAGCCGCGUCACAGGAAGUUUCUGCGGUUCUCCUUUCAAGGGGUGGCGUACGAAUACACGAGGAUGCCAUUUGGGUACGCCCUGGCACCUCGCACAUUUUCCAAGUGUGUGGAGGCGGCAUUGGAACCGUUGCGUCGUCAGGGAAUACGGCUACUAGCCUACCUGGACGACCUACUGGUUCUCGCCCCGUCAGCAGAGCUGGCGAUCACUCACACAACACAGACAGUGAUGCAUCUCACAAGUCUGGGGUUUGCUGUGAAUUGGAAAAAGAGCGCGCCCUGGCCCACUCAUCAGAUUGUCUACCUGGGGAUACAGCUAGACACUGUGAGGAUGAGGGCCCGAAUCUCGGACCCCCGAAGGGUAGCCUUGUUGCUAGCCCUAAGGAAGUGUCGUCCGAAUCACACGGUGACGGCGCUGUCGAUCAUGUCACUUUUGGGUCUCAUGUCGUCAGCCCACUCUGUGGUUCCGCUGGGACUCCUGCAUAUGCGCAGGAUGCAGCGAUGGUUCGCCCAACUAAGACUAGACCCAUUGCGUCAACGUCAUCGGUUGGUCACAUCUGCCACACUAAUCCUCAACAUGGGGGCCCCUCAGGGGUGCGUGCUCAGUCCCCUCCUGUACUCACUGUUCACCCAUGACUGCAUGGCCAGGCACGACUCCAACACCAUCAUUAAGUUUGCCGACGACACAACAGUGGUAGGCCUGAUCACCGACAACGAUGAGACAGCCUAUAGGGAGGAAGUCAGAGAUCUGGCCGUGUGGUGCCAGGACAACAACCUCUCCCUCAACGUGACCAAGACAAAGGAGAUGAUUGUGGACUACAGGAAAAAAAAUAGGACUGAGCACGCCCCCAUUCUCAUCGACGGGGCUGUAGUGGAACAGGUUGAGAGCUUUAAGUUCCUUGGUGUCCACAUCACCAACGAACUAUCAUGGUCCAAACACACCAAGACAGUCGUGAAGAGGGCACGACAAAGCCUAUUCCCCCUCAGGAGACUAAAAAGAUUUGGCAUGGGUCCUCAGAUCCUCAAAAAAUUCUACAGCUGCACCAUCGAGAGCAUCCUGACUGGUUGCAUCACCGCCUGGUAUGGCAACUGCUUGGCCUCCGACCGCAAGGCACUACAGAGGGUAGUGCGUACGGCCCAGUACAUCACUGGGGCAAAGCUUCCUGCCAUCCAGGACCUCUAUACCAGGCGGUGUCAGAGGAAGGCCCUCAAAAUUGUCAAAGACUCCAGCCACCCUAGUCAUAGACUGUUCUCUCUGCUACCGCACGGCAAGCGGUACCGGAGUGCCAAGUCUAGGUCCAAAAGACUUCUCAACAGCUUCUACCCCCAAGCCAUAAGACUCCUGAACAGCUAAUCAUGGCUACCCAGACUAUUUGCACUGCCCCCCCACCCCAUCCUUUUUACGCUGCUGCUACUCUGUUAAGUAUUUAUGCAUAGUCACUUUAAAUCUACCCACAUGUACAUAUUACCUCAACUACCUCAACUAGCCGGUGCCCCCGCACAUUGACUCUGCAACGGUACCCCCCUGUAUAUAUAGCCUCCCUACUGUCACUUUAUUUUACUUCUGCUCUUUUUUUCUCAACACUAUUUUAUUUUUAUUUUUUAUUCUUACUUUUUUGUUUAAAAUAAAUGCACUGUUGGUUAAGGGCUGUAAGUAAGCAUUUCACUGUAAUGUCUGCACCUGUUGUAUUCGGCGCAUGUGACCAAUAAAAUUUGAUUUGAUUUGAUUUGGUGGUGGUUCCCCUCUCGCUCAGUGCAGACCUAAACUAUUGGAGAAACUCGCGCGUUCUCACGCACGGAGUCCCGAUAGGAAAGGUGUCCUCUCACAUCCCAGUAUUCACGGAUGCGUCCCUGACGGGAUGGGGAGGGACAUGUCAGACACAAGCGAUAGGAGGUGUGUGGCCUCAAUCAGGUCGUCACAUCAACCUCCUGGAGUUGGAAACGGUUCGACUGGUUCUGACCCACUUUGCGUCUACCCUUCGGGGUCGCGAUGUGCUGGUCUGGUCAGACAACCGGACCACAGUAGCCCACAUAAAUCGCCAGGGAGGAGUCAGGUCUCCUGCUCUCCAUCGGGCGGCAGAGGAAUUGUGGCUGUGGGCUCACGAGCACCUUCGCUCAUUGAGAGCAGCACACAUUCCGGGCUACUUGAACGUAGGAGCAGACCUCAUGUCAAGAGGGGGUCCUCGAGACGACGAGUGGUGUCUGCAUCCAGACAUUGUUCUCCAGAUUUGGGAACAAUUCGGGAGAGCCGAGGUGGACCUAUUCGCGUCACGUGUGAUCGCGCAAUGUCCUCUGUGGUUCUCUCUGAGGGAACAGGACGAACCGCCACUGGGAAGGGAUGCCUUUGCGCACCAACCGUGGCCGAGAGUUCUCCUGUAUGCAUUCCCUCCGCUGUCCUGCAUUCUCCCACUGCUAGCCAGGGUGAGGUCAGGGGGGCUGUCAGUGAUACUGAUAGCGCCCGAUCGCCCGGGGGCUCCUUGGUUUGCGGAGAUGAGUCAGAUGUUGAUUGCGCCACCUUGGCCAAUUCCACAUCGACGGGACGCGUUGUCUCAGGCGGCUGGCACGAUAGGGAAAUUGCCCAUAAUCGGCCAACCACUGAAGGCCUGGCUGCUGAGAGGGACAGGCUAGAGCGCCGUGGGUUAUCUGAUGCAGUGAUCAGGACCAUACAGGGUUCACGUGCCAGUUCCACUUCUAAGAUGUAUGCCAGUAGAUGGAACGUGUUUUCACGAUGGUGUGUCACACAAGGUGUAGACCCCAUGAGCUGUCAGGUGGAGAGUAUUCUCUCUUUUCUACAGCUCAUGUUUGAUAAGCAAAAAUCGCCUGCCACGAUUAGAGUGUUUGCAGCAGCGAUUUCAGCUUGUCAUGAGGGUUUUGGCAGAGACAAUGUCUUUAGCCACCCUCUAGUGAAACGCUUCCUAUUAGGAACGCGGCGACUUAGGCCAACACCUAGAGUCACGCUUCCUCAGUGGGAUUUGGCUUUGGUACUCGAAGCGCUAUGUAAGUCGCCGUUCGAGCCAUUGAAUCAAAUACCCCUCAAGAUGCUGUCUAUAAAGACAGCACUGUUGCUCGCUUUGACUACAGCUAAGCGGGUCAGUGAUUUGUGUGCUCUUUCGACGAGACCUGACUGCUUGGCCAUCAAUGGUGACCUGAGCAGAGCAGUGUUACGUCCUAACCCGGCAUUUGUGCCGAAGGUUAUUAAGAGUUCAUAUAGGUCACAGACCGUGGAGCUGUGGGCUUUUUCUCCUCCUCCUCAUAGAGAGAGGAGUGAGGAAAAGCUCCAUCGCCUGUGCCCGGUACGCGCUUUGGCAUGUUACGUCGAGCGCACAGCAGCGAUUAGGUCAUCGCCUCAGUUGUUUGUGUGUCACGGUGCGGCUGCACUAGGUAGACCACUUUCAAAACAGAGGUUGUCUCAUUGGCUUUGUGAAGGCAUUGAGACAGCUUAUGAGGCAGCGGGGCGGCAAUUGCCUCAGGGUAUCAGAGCUCACUCCACUCGUGGAGUAGCGGCUUCUACUGCCCUUUUCAGAGGAACAGGAGUAGAGGAUAUCUGUAGAGCAGCAUCCUGGUCGACGCCGUCUCCAUUUAUCAGUUUCUAUCUCUUAGAUAUGUCUUCUAAUUCUCUGGCUCGAUCUGUACUCAGCGUGGCUGAAGGGAGAUCUUGAGCAAGAAAGAGAGGAGAAGCAGGACUGUGGACACAGGUUUCCAUCAGGUCCGCUUUGGUUAGGAAGACGUGUUUUUUGACAGAUGUGUUUUCUAACUCUUUGGCUCGGUCUGUACUCAGCAUAGCUGAAGGGAGAUCUUGAGCUAGGAAGAGAGGGAAAAGCAGGACUAUGGACAGGGUUUCCAUCAGGUCCGCUUUGGAUAGGAAAACAUAUUUUGUGGCAUGAAUCCUGACUGACAGGGUCAGUACAGUAGAGGCAUGCGUUGAUUAACAGAAUGUGAGGUCAUCUAUCUGCUUGUUCAGUUAGUAUGACUCAUGUUUUUGUUCCUGCCCACUAAUCUCUGGGAUUCCAUUGAGUGAGUGAGGCGGUCUACCGCGUUUACAAUGUAGAGUGACACUUGGUGUCAUUCCAUUAGUGGUCGGUAGUGUUUUCACAGGAUAUUGAGGCACAUCUAUCUGCUAGUACAGAUUAGUAUGGCUUCUAUUCUGGUGAUCUGCCCACUAGUCAUUGGCAUUGCCAUUGGACUAGGUGGGGCGGGUCUUUAACCGAUGACACGGUAUAUUGUGACGCCCGUAGGGUUUUUAGUUGCAGUACUGCGGGACUCGGUUUCAGCCAUUGCUAGGUCUGACUUUCUCGUUUCGAUGGGAAGUGUUAGGCUCGGCAGGGAGUACAUUUUGGAGCACUACGCUCCGCCUUAAACCACUAGGAGCAGAGCUCCCCUAUGGGGCGGAGCUCCACGAUAUAGAACGAUUAGUUACCGGAGUGUAACUCCAGUUCUAUGAGUGGAGCGGAGCCCCAUAGGACUUAAGGCCCUGCCGACCCUCUCUAGUCUCGCUGAAGAAAAAUAUAUCGGGAGGCUGAUUGAGGGGAGGCAUCCCCUCUUAUAGGGACACCUGUACUCCUAUUGGCUGUAGGUGUGUGCAUAAUUUUGUCUCAGGCUGCUGCUGCCGUAGGGCAGAGGGUAAACCACUAGGAGCAGAGCUCCCCUAUGGGGCUCCGCUCCACUCAUAGAACUGGAGUUACACUCCGGUAACUAAUCGUUACGUUACAGCCUUGUUCUAAAAUUGAUUAUAUUGUUUUUUUCCCUGAUCAAUCUACACACAAUAGCUCAUAAUGACAAAGCAAAAACAGGUUUUCAGAUUUUUUUUGCAAAUGUAUACAGAAUAAAAAACCGAAAAUACAUUUACAUAAGUAUUCAGACCCUUUAGUCAGUACUUUGUUAAAGCACCUUUGGAAGAGAUUACAGCCUCGUGUCUUCUUGGGUAUGGCGCUACAAGCUUGGCACACCUGUAUUUGGGGAGUUUCUCCCAUUCUUCUCUGCAGAUCCUCUCAAGCCCUGUCAGGUUGGAUGGGGAGCGUCGCUACACAGCUAUUUUCAAGUCUCUCCAGAGAUGUUAGAUCGGGUUCAAGUCCGGCCUCAGGCUGAGGCACUCAAGGACAUUCAGAGACUUUUCCCAAAGCCACUCCUGCAUUGUCUUGGCUGUGUGCUUAGGGUCGUUGUCCUGUUGGAAGGUGAACCUUCGCCCCAGUCUGAGGUCCGGAGCGCUCUGAAGCAGGUGUUCAUCAAGGAUCUCUCUGUACUUUGCUCCGUUUGUCUUUUCCUCGAUCCUGACUGGUCUCCCAGUCCCUGCCGCUGAAAAACAUCCCCACAGCAUGAUGCUGCCACCACCAUGCUUCACCGUAGGGAUGGUAUUGGCCAGGUGAUGAGCGGUGCCUGGUUUCCUCCAGACGUGACGCUUGGCAUUCAGGCCAAAGAGUUCAAUCUUGGUUUCAUCAGACCAGAGAAUCUUGUUUCUCAUGGUCUGAGAAUCCUUUAGGUGCCUUUUGGCAAACUCCAAGCAGGCUGUCAUGCCUUUUACUGAGGAGUGGCUUCCUUCUGGCCAGUCUACCAUAAAGGCCUGAUUGGUGGAGUGCUGCAGAGAUGGUUGUCCUUCUGGAAGGUUCUCCCAUCUCCACAGAGGAACUCCAGAGCUCUGUCAGAGUGACCAUCGGGUUCUUGGUCACUUUCCUGACCAAGGCCCUUCUCCCCCGAUUUCUCAGUUUGGCCGGGCGGCCAGCUCUAGGAAGUCUUGGUGGUUGCAAACUAAUUCCUUUUAAGAAUGAUGGAGGCCACUGUGUUAUUGGGGACCUUCAAUGCAGCAGAUAAUUUUUUGGUACACUUCCCCAGAUCUGUGCCUUGACACAGUCCUGUCUCUGAGCUCUACGGACAAUUCCUUCGACCUCAUGGCUUGGUUUUUGCUCUGACAUGUCAAGGGGUCUGAAUACUUUCCAAAUGCUAUGUAUGUAUGCAUGCAUGCAUGCAGUGAGGGGGGAAAAAAGUAUUUGAUCCCCUGCUGAGUUUGUAUGUUUGCCCACUGACAAAUAAAUGAUCAGUCUUUAAUUUUAAUGGUAGGUUUAUUUGAACAGUGAGAGACAGAAUAACAACAAAGUAAUCCAGAAAAACGCAUGUCAAAAAUGUUAUAAAUUGAUUUGCAUUUUAAUGAGGGAAAUAGGUAUUUGACCCCCUCUCAAUCAGAAAGAUUUCUGGCUCCCAGGUGUCUUUUUAUACAGGUAACGAGCUGAGAUUAGGAGCACACUCUUAAAGGGAGUGCUCCUAAUAUCAGCUUAUUACCUGUAUAAAAGACACCUGUCCACAGAAGCAAUCAAUCAAUCAGAUUCCAAACUCUCCACCAUGGCCAAGACCAAAGAGUUCUCCAAGGAUGUUAGGGACAAGAUUGUAGACGUACACAAGGCUGGAAUGGGCUACAAGACCAUCGCCAAACAGCUUGGUGAGAAGGUGACAACAGUUGGUGCGAUUAUUCGCAAAUGGAAGAAGCACAAAAGAACUGUCAAUCUCCCUCGGCCUGGGGUGCCAUGCAAGAUCUCACCUCGUAGAGUUGCAAUGAUAAUGAGAACGGUGAGGAAUCAGCCCAGAACUACACGGGAGGAUCUUGUCAAUGAUCUCAAGGCAGCUGGGACCAUAGUCACCAAUAAAACAAUUGGUAACACACUACGCCGUGAAGGACUGAAAUCCUGCAGCGCUCGCAAGGUCCCCCUGCUCAAGAAAGCACAUAUACAGGGCCGUCUGAAGUUUGCCAAUGAACAUCUGAAUGAUUCAGAGGAGAACUGGGUGAAAGUGUUGUGGUCAGAUGAGACCAAAAUCGAGUUCUUUGGCAUCAACUCAACUUUGGGGGUGUUUUUCUGCUAAGGGGACAGGACAACUUCACCGCAUCAAAGGGACGAUGGACGGGGCCAUGUACCGUCAAAUCUUGGGUGAGAACCUCCUUCCCUCAACCAGGGCAUUGAAAAUAGGUCGUGGAUGGGUAUUCCAGCAUGACAAUGACCCAAAACACACGGCCAAGGCAACAAAGGAGUGGCUCAAGAAGAGGCACAUUAAGGUCCUGGAGUGGCCUAGCCAGUCUCCAGACCUUAAUCCCAUAGAAAAUCUGUGGAGGGAGCUGAAGGUUCCUUCACGGCGUAGUGUGUUACCAAUUGUUUUCUUGGUGACUAUGGUCCCAGCUGCCUUGAGAUCAUUGACAAGAUCCUCCCAUGUAGUUCUGGGCUGAUUCCUCACCGUUCUCAUGAUCAUUGCAACUCCACGAGGUGAGAUCUUGCAUGGAGCCCCAGGCCGAGGGAGAUUCACAGUUCUUUUGUGCUUCUUCCAUUUGCGAAUAAUCGCACCAACUGUUGUCACCUUCUCACCAAGCUGCUUGGCAAUGAUCUUGUAGCCCAUUUCAGCCUUGUGUAGGUCUACAAUCUUGUCCCUGACAUCCUUGGAGAGCUCUUUGGUCUUGGCCAUGGUGGAGAGUUUGGAAUCUGAUUGCUUCUGUGGACAGGUGUCUUUUAUACAGGUAACAAGCUGAGAUUAGGAGCACUCCCUUUAAGAGUGUGCUCCUAAUCUCAGCUUGUUACCUGUAUAAAAGACACCUGGGAGCCAGAAAUCUUUCUGAUUGAGAUGGGGGUCAAAUACUUAUUUCCCUCAUUUAAAAUGCAAAUCAAUUUAUAACAUUUUUGACAUGCGUUUUUCUGGAUUUUUUUGUUGUUAUUCUGUCUCUCACUGUUCAAAUAAACCUACCAUUAAAAUUAUAGACUGAUCAUUUCUUUGUCAGUGGGCAAACGUACAAAAUCAGCAGGGGAUCAAAUACUUUUUUCCCUCACUGUAUGUAUGUAUGUAUGUAUGUAUGUAUGUAUGUAUGUAUGUAUGUAUGUAUGUAUGUAUGUAUGUAUGUAUGUAUGUAUGUAUGUAUGUAUGUAUGUAUGUAUGUAUGUAUGUAUGUAUGUAUGUAUGUAUGUAUGUAUGUAUGUAUGUAUGUAUGUAUGUAUGUAUGUAUGUAUGUAUGUAUGUAUGUAUGUAUGUAUGUAUGUAUGUAUGUAUGUAUGUAUGUACGUACAGUGGGGGAAAAAAAGUAUUUAGUCAGCCACCAAUUGUGCAAGUUCUCCCACUUAAAAAGAUGAGAGGCCUGUAAUUUUCAUCAUAGGUACACGUCAACUAUGACAGACAAAUUGAGAAUUUAUUUCUCCAGAAAAUCACAUUGUAGGAUUUGUAAUGAAUUUUUUUGCAAAUUAUGGUGGAAAAUAAGUAUUUGGUCACCUACAAACAAGCAAGAUUUCUGGCUCUCACAGACCUGUAACUUCUUCUUUAAGAGGCUCCUCUGUCCGCCACUCGUUACCUGUAUUAAUGGCACCUGUUUGAACUUGUUAUCAGUAUAAAAGACACCUGUCCACAACCUCAAACAGUCACACUCCAAACUCAACUAUGGCCAAGACCAAAGAGCUGUCAAAGGACACCAGAAACAAAAUUGUAGACCUGCACCAGGCUGGGAAGACUGAAUCUGCAAUAGGUAAGCAGCUUGGUUUGAAUAAAUCAACUGUGGGAGCAAUUAUUAGGAAAUGGAAGACAUACAAGACCACUGAUAAUCUCCCUCGAUCUGGGGCUCCACGCAAGAUCUCACCCCGUGGGGUCAAAAUGAUCACAAGAACGGUGAGCAAAAAUCCCAGAACCACACGGGGGGACCUAGUGAAUGACCUGCAGAGAGCUCGGACCAAAGUAACAAAGCCUACCAUCAGUAACACACUACGCCGCCAGGGACUCAAAUCCUGCAGUGCCAGACGUGUCCCCCUGCUUAAGCCAGUACAUGUCCAUGCCCGUCUGAAGUUUGCUAGAGUGCAUUUGGAUGAUCCAGAAGAGGAUUGGGAGAAUGUCAUAUGGUCAGAUGAAACCAAAAUAGAACUUUUUGGUAAAAACUCAACUCGUCGUGUUUGGAGGACAAAGAAUGCUGAGUUGCAUCCAAAGAACACCAUACCUACUGUGAAGCAUGGGGGUGGAAACAUCAUGCUUUGGGGCUGUUUUUCUGCAAAGGGACCAGGACGACUGAUCCGUGUAAAGGAAAGAAUGAAUGGGGCCAUGUAUCGUGAGAUUUUGAGUGAAAACCUCCUUCCAUCAGCAAGGGCAUUGAAGAUGAAACGUGGCUGGGUCUUUCAGCAUGACAUGAUCCCAAACACAACCGCCCGGGCAACGAAGGAGUGGCUUCGUAAGAAGAAGCAUUUCAAGGUCCUGGAGUGGCCUAGCCAGUCUCCAGAUCUCAACCCCAUAGAAAAUCUUUGGAGGGAGUUGAAAGUCUGUGUUGCCCAGCGACAGCCCCCAAAACAUCACUGCAUGGAGGAAUGGCCAAAAUACCAGCAACAGUGUGUGAAAACCUUGUGAAGACUUACAGAAAACGUUUGACCUGUGUCAUUGCCAACAAAGGGUAUAUAACAAAGUAUUGAGAAACUUUUGUUAUUGACCAAAUACUUAUUUUCCACCAUAAUUUACAAAUAAAUUCAUUAAAAAUCCUACAAUGUGAUUUUUUUCUCAUUUUGUCUGUCAUAGUUGACGUGUACCUAUGAUGAAAAUUACAGGCCUCUCUCAUCUUUUUAAGUGGGAGAACUUGCACAAUUGGUGGCUGACUAAAUCGUUUUUUUCCCCACUGUACGUACGUACAUACAUACAUACAUACAUACAUACAUACAUACAUACAGUACCAGUCCAAAGUUUGGACACACCUACUCAUUCAAGGGUUUUUCUUUAUUUUUACUAUUUUCUACAUUUCAAAACUAUGAAAUAACACAUAUGGAAUCAUGUAGUAACCAGAAAAGUGCUAAACAAAUCCAAAUAUAUUUUAUAUUUGAGAUUCUUCAAAUAGCCACCAUUUGCCUUGAUGACAGAUUUGCACACUCUUGGCAUUCUCUCAACCAGCUUCACCUGGAAUGCUUUUCCAACAGUCUUGAAGGAGUUCCCACAUAUGCUGAGCACUUGUUGGCUGCUUUUCCUUCACUCUGCAGUCUGACUCAUCCCAAACAUCUCAAUUUGAUUGAGGGGGAUUGUGGAGGCCAGAUCAUCUGAUGCAGCACUCCAUCACUCUCCUUCUUGGUAAAAUAGCCCUUACACAGCCUGGAGGUGUGUUGGGUCAUUUUCCUGUUGAAAAACAAAUUAUAGUCCCACUAAGCCCAAACCAGAUGGGAUGGCGUAUCGCUGCAGAAUGCUAUGGUAGUCAUGCUGGUUAAAUGUGCCUUGAAUUCUAAAUAAAUCACAGACGGUGUCACCAGCAAAGCACCCCCACACCAUAACACCACCUCCUCCAUUCUUUAUGGUGGGAAACAAGCAUGCAGAGAUCAUCCGUUCACCCACACCGCAUCUCACAAAGACACGGCAGUUGGAACCAAAAAUCUCCAAUUUGGACUCCAGACCAAAGGACACAUUUCCACCGGUCUAAUGUCCAUUGCUCGUGUUUCUUGGCCCAAACAAGUCUCUUCUACUUAUUGGUGUCCUUUAGUAGUGGUUUCUUUGCACAAUUCGACCUGAUUCACACAGUCUCCUCUGAACAGUUGAUGUUGAGAUGUGUCUGUUACUUCAACACUGUGAAGCAUUUAUUUGGGCUGCAAUUUCUGAGUCUGGUAACUCUAAUGAACUUAUCCUCUGCAGCAGCGGUAACUCUGGGUCUUCCAUUCAUGUGGUGGUCCUCAUGAGAGCCAGUUUCAUCAUAGCGCUUGAUGGUUUUUGCGACUGCACUUGAAGAAACUUUCAAAGGUCUUAAUGUUCCGUAUUGACUUACCUUCAUCUCUUAAAGUAAUGAUGGACUGUCGUUUCUCUUUGCUUAUUUGAGCUGUUCUUGCCAUAAUAUGGACUUCGUCUUUUACCAAAUAGGGCUAUCUUCUGUAUACCCCCCUACCUUGUCAACAACACAACUAAUUGGCUCAAACACAUUAAGAAGGAAAGAAAUUCCACAAAUGAACUUUUAAGAAGGCACACCUGCUAAUUGAAAUACAUUCCAGGUGACUACCUCAUUAAGCUGGCUGAGAGAAUUCCAAGAGAGUGCAAAGCUGUCAUCAAGGCAAAGGGUGGCUAUUUUGAAGAAUCUCAAAUAUAAAAUAUAUUUGGAUUUGUUUAACACUUUUUUUGGUUACUACAUGAUUCCAUAUGUGUUAUUUCAUAGUUUUGAUGUCUUCACUAUUAUUCUACAAUGUAGAAAAUAGUAAAAAUAAAGAAAAACCCUUGAAUGAGUAGGUGUGUCCAAACUUUUGACUGGUAUUGUAUAUGUAGAAAUAUAAGCAGUUUGCUUAGAAAUAGGCUCAGGGUUGAGUGCUAUAUAUGGAUAUAGAAAACACUUUUAGUCAUGUUUUUGCAGUGGAUCAGCUGGGAAUAGCAUAGCAUUAUGUUAACAGAGAAUGACACUGCCCCUUGGCAACGUGCUGUUAUCAGCUCAGCUGUGGUGGGGUGGGGUUCAGGUGAGGUCAGAGUCCGAACCAUCUCACUUGUCACUUCCUCUCCUGUCGUCUCUCCGAUUUCUCAAAACCUCAGAGGGAAACGAGGAGAGGGUUUUGAGGAACCUUACGAACACGUUUCCUCUCCUCGAAUCCUUUCCUGGCUUUCAUCUGGUGUUUUGAGAAAGAGACGAGGAGAGGAAGGGUUGAGAGGACACAAGGAAAUGAGGAAUCAAGGAAACACUAUUGAGACAGAGCCAGUGUGUCAGUCUUCCUGAUAAGAACAACUUGCUAAAGGUCUGAUGUCAUCAGGCAGGGCUGUGUGAUGUGUACAGUAGGUGGCCCUCUGAUAACUCAGCUAUUUCUAAUAUCCGUCUGUCUGCCCUGCCCCAGCUGUUUAGCAGUCAGGCAUACAUACUCUAAAAAGUAAAGGUUUCUGGAGGAUCCUUUAGGGGUUCUUCAAUUUGAAACUGUGGGGGAACCCCUAUAACUUAUUCGAAAAAUUAUUUAAAAGGGUUCUUCAAAUAACCAAUUUCAAUGGAUCCUCAAAGAACCUUUUGGGGUGAAUUUUUUAACUACUCCCCCCUCCCCUAUUAUUGUUGUUGUUGUUAUUAUUAUUAGUAAUAUGCUUAACAAUAACACAAUAUUUUAGAUGUCAGUGUUUAUUAGGAUUUUAGUGGCAAAGCAGAAUAAAAAAAUCCAAAUAUAAAGUAAACUCCCAGCAGAGCCCGAAGUCCAAUGGGUAUAUCCUCUGGCAUGUUAAUGUGUUGAUGUUCUCCGUAUCCAUAACCAGAAUGAUUUUGCAGUGCAUGGUGAUCGAACAGUUUUCCUUUUAUAUUCAUCAGAGGUGUAGGGAGGGUGAAGUCUGUGAAUCCCAAAAAUUGUAAUUAUACAGAUGAUUAACAAAACAUGCACACGACAGUAUUCAUACCUUGGCUUUUGUGGUAAAUGUGGAUGAAUAAAACUAUUUUGAUAAUGGUUUUCAUACACAUACCUUGUCCAUAAUGUAGAGGCCUAUGGGAUUUUCCUUGAAGAGGUAAGGGAGGAGGAUGGUACAUGUGAUCUGCAUAACAUACCAAUACCAAUUGACAUAUCUUUGUAUGCCUCCUCAUCUGUAAACCUACAGACACAAAAGUGAGCAGUUCAGUCAUCUGCACCCAAUACAGCUAGCCUUCAACAUAUUCUUAUAGCAUACAUAUUCUUACCUCUUUGUUGAUUGAUAUCCAUUGAAUUGUAUCCAUUUUCUGUUUUAGAAAGAUUUGCACAAAUAUGAAAAGAUAGAUGGUAUCAUCAUAAAACAAUAUCAAUUUAGAUCAUACAAGGGACAAACCUUACCUUAAAUUGUGGCGAUCUUUACAUUUUUCAGUUACAGUGAGGGAAAAAAGUAUUUGAUCCCCUGCUGAUUUUGUACGUUUGCCCACUGACAAAGAAAUGAUCAGUCUAUCAUUUUAAUGGUAGGUUUAUUUGAACAGUGAGAGACAGAAUAACAAAACAAAAAAUCCAGAAAAACGCAUGUCAAAAAUGUUAUAAAUUGAUUUGCAUUUUAAUGAGGGAAAUAAGUAUUUGACCCCCUCUCAAUCAGAAAGAUUUCUGGCGCUCAGGUGUCUUUUAUACAGGUAGCGAGCUGAGAUUAGGAGCACACUCUUAAAGGGAGUGCUCCUAAUCUCAGCUUGUUACCUGUAUAAAAGACACCUGUCCACAGAAGCAAUCAAUCAAUCAGAUUCCAAACUCUCCACCAUGGCCAAGACCAAAGAGCUCUCCAAGGAUGUCAGGGACAAGAUUGUAGACCUACACACGGCUGGAAUGGGCUACAAGACCAUCGCCAAGCAGCUUGGUGAGAAGGUGACAACAGUUGGUGCGAUUAUUUGCAAAUAGAAGAAACACAAAAUAUCUGUCAAUCUCCCUCGGCCUGGGGUUCCAUGCAAGUUCUCACCUCGUGGAGUUGCAAUGAUCAUGAGAACAAUGAGGAAUCAGCCCAGAACUACACGGGAGGAUCUUGUCAAUGAUCUCAAGGCAGCUGGGACCAUAGUCACCAAGAAAACAAUUGGUAACACACUACGCCGUGAAAGACUGAAAUCCUGCAGCGCCCGCAAGGUCCCCCUGCUCAAGAAAGCACAUAUACAGGCCCGUCUGAAGUUUGCCAAUGAACAUCUGAAUGAUUCAGAGGAGAACUGGGUGAAAGUGUUGUGGUCAGAUGAGACCAAAAUGGAGCUCUUUGGCAUCAACUCAACUUGCCGUGUUUGGAGGAGGAGGAAUGCUGCCUAUGACCCCAAGAACACCAUCCCCACCGUCAAACAUGGAGAUGGAAACAUUAUGCUUUGGGGGGGUUUUUCUGCUAAGGGGACAGGACAACUUCACCGCAUCAAAGGGACGAUGGACAGGGCCAUGUACCGUCAAAUCUUGGGUGAGAACCUCCUUCCCUCAGCCAGGGCAUUGAAAAUGGGUUGUGGAUGGGUAUUCCAGCAUGACAAUGACCCAAAACACACGGCCAAGGCAACAAAGGAGUGGCUCAAGAAGAAGCACAUUAAGGUCCUGGAGUGGCCUAGUCAGUCUCCAGACCUUAAUCCCAUAGAAAAUCUGUGGAGGGAGCUGAAGGUUCAAGUUGCCAAACGUCAGCCUCGAAACCUUAAUGACUUGGAGAAGAUCUGCAAAGAGGAGUGGGACAAAAUCCCUCCUGAGAUGUGUGCAAACCUGGUGGCCAACUACAAGAAACGUCUGACCUCUGUGAUUGCCAACAAGGGUUUUGCCACCAAGUACUAAGUCAUGUUUUGCAGAGGGGUCAAAUACUUAUUUCCCUCAUUAAAAUGCAAAUCAAUUUAUAACGUUUUUGACAAGCGUUUUUCUAGAUUUUGUUGUUGUUAUUCUGUCUCUCACUGUUCAAAUAAACCUACCAUUAAAAUUAUAGACUGAUCAUGUCUUUGUCAGUGGGCAAACGUACAAAAUCAGCAGGGGAUCAAAUACUUUUUCCUUCACUGUAAGUGCCUGCACCUGCUGUCCUUUCAAAUUAAAAUCCAAAUGGUUCAGUUGGGCAGUUAGGUUCCUGCAAGAACCCCCACCAGCUAAUGAGGUUCCUCGAUGAACCCCACCUCCUAUGGGGAUCUUGGAAGAACCUUUUGGGGGCAAUUUUCAGUGCCAAGAACCCUAAGGAUCUUAGAAGAACCCUUGUUGAACCCCUAAUGUUUACAUUGUUCAGUACAUGGCUGAACUCAGAUAAAGCCCAGCUGUUUACUGUGUUUCUCCUCUCAAUUCAAUUAAGUUUCAAUUCAAUUUAAGUGCUUUAUUGGCAUGGGAAACGUAUGUUAACAUUGCCAAAGCUCUCAGUUCUCUCUACAGCUAACUGUUUCUCCUCUCUCUCUCUCUCCUCUCUGUUCUCUCUACAGCUGUUAACUCUCUCUGUCCUCUCUGUUGUCUCUACAGUUCUAUGUGCUGAAAGAGUGGGCCAGAUGACUAAGACGUACAAUGACAUAGAUGCUGUUACACGUCUGCUUGAAGAGGUAAGAAAACAUGGCUUAUCACUUAGAGCACUUUCAUUUACAAUGCUCUCUCUGUUUGGAUGAUAGGUCUGAAUAUUGUCAGAGCAGAUUUGACUAUCUCUCUGCCAUGCCAAGUUAACCACAUCAUAGAACAAGUCAAACAUUGUCAUACAGUAGCAACUGUUUCCCUUUUACCUGAUUCCUAGAUCAUGAUGCAUGAUACUCAGACCCUCUAACCAGCCUACUCUGCCUCCCCUGCAGAAAGAACGGGACUUGGAGCUCGCCGCCCGCAUCGGCCAGUCACUGCUGAAGAAGAACAAAACCCUCAGUGAGAGAAAUGAAUUCCUGGAGGAGCAAGUGGAGCACAUUCGAGAAGAGGUGUGUGUGCAUCUUGUGCAUGUGGACUUUUCUCUCUCAGGACCAGGAGAAUGUUUUAUCUCUCUCCUCUCUCUCCAUAUAUCUCUCAUUUCUCUCCCUCUCUGUCCCCCUCUAUCCCUCUCUCAUCUCUCUCCCUCUCUCAUCUCUCUCCCUUCUCACCCUCUCUGUCCCCCUCUCUCCCUUCUCACCCUCUCUGUCCCCCUCGCUCCCUCUGCAGGUUUCUCAGCUGCGCCAUGAUCUGUCUAUGAAAGAUGAGCUUCUCCAGUUCUACACUAGUGCAGCAGAGGAGAGUGAAGGAGAUUCGUCCACCUCUACCCCGUGAGUCUAUCUGUCUACACUCUUCCUCUCCCACUUCAGUCAUAGCCUGGUCCCAGAUCUGUUUGGACUGUAUAGCCUGUGAGAUUAGCCUGGUUCCGAGAGCUGUUUGUGGUUUAUAGCCAACUCCUAUGGUCGUUGUUAUGCUAAAGGCUAGAACUGGCCCUGUUCCCCUCCACUCAUCUCAUCCACUUUUUCCUCUUAAAGCAAAACUCCUUCAUUUUGCCGUUGUCAGUAUACCCCCACUAUGCUCUAUUGCUCAGGUUACUCAGGAGAAAGCAUUUAGCUAGAGGAGGUGACUGCUGUAUGUGGUCCUGGUGGGGUUAGUCCCUACAGUACUGUAAGGUCUCGCUUCCCUUAUUUCUCCCAAUUGUAGCUACACCCCUUUUACACUGGUAUAACAAUUCAAGUUAAAGGUCCAAUGCAGACGUUUUCUAUCUCGAUAUCAAAUCAUUUCUGGGGAACAGUUAAGUACCUUACUGUGAUUUGUUUUCAAUUGAAAUGGUCAAAAGAAACAAAAAUGGAUACUUAGCAAAGAGCAAUUUCUCAGGCAAGAAUUUAGCUAGGACUGUCUGGGAGUGGUCUGAGUGGGGAGAGAGAAACUGAAAACGAUCUGUUAUGGGCAGAAGGUUUGGAACUCUCUUAUUGGUCUAAUAACAAAUGUAAAACUUCAUCCCACCAAAAUAGGCUGAAAUUUCAGGCGGUCUUUUCAAACAGCUCUUACACUAAAAUGGCAUUAUCAUAAUUUUCACAAUUUCACAGUAUUAUUCCAACCUAGUGUGGAAAUAUAUAUAAAACACAAGAAGAUCAUGUUUUUGACUGCACUGGGCCUUUAAGCUCUUAUUUCACUGGUCCUCACAAGUCCAUCCAAAGGGUAGCUACUUGAUAUGUUUGUGUCUCCUGCUUAAGGACGGCUUCAAGCCUGUUUGUUUAAAGAUGAAUAAAGGCCUUUGAUUCGUUUGUCUAGAAAAAACCCCUCUUUUUCCAGAGGUACUGUGACCCUGUGUGACAGACUGAGGCAGUAGGCUGGGGUUGGUUCUCUCUCUCAGGAGGAAAAUACACAAACUGACCUGUUUCACUUACCCCUCAAAUACAGAGCAGUCGGGUGAAAACCAAGACAGUGGCGUUCCCACUAGUGUCAUAAUGGCAGACACUACCAGGCAUCCUAUUACGCUGGUGGUAAAACAUUGAUUGACUGUUCCAUCUAUCCUUGUUGUCUAAAUUAUGCAGAUGGUCCCAGUCUGGUCUGUAUAUCAUGUUAAACCUCUGCCAGCUCUGCCCAGUAAUUUCUCCUUGGGCGAUAUGAUGCCCUGUUCUUACAAAUGUAUGGCUUUGUCCCAAAUGGCACCCUAUUCCCUAUGUAAUCCACUACUUUUGACCAGGGCCAAUAGUGCUCUGGUCAAACGUAGUGCACUACAUGUUGAACUACGGGCCCUGGUGGUCAAAAGUAGUUCAAUUCGUAAGGAGUAGGUUGCCAUUUGGGAACGUAGACUAUGUCUCUUGUCACUGACCGACCGGCCGCCGUGUCUCGUCCACACAGCAUCCGCCACAAUGACUCCACACUGUUGGUGCCAAGUUACUUCCCCCUGGACUCACUGCAGAAGAAACUCAAAGACCUGGAGGCAGAGAACAUCUCUCUUAGAUCAGAGGUAAAGUCAUGUAGCUAACUAACCCUCUGUGUCAUUCUGUGUCCUACUGACCAUACUGUGAAGGAGAGCUCAUCAGAUAUUAAUGUCACUGCUAUGGGGACCGAUCAUGGCUCUGAACCCUGGGGUUAAGAUCACACAGUCUGGGGGAUUUAUUUUAUACAGUUCACUCAACACUGUACCUUGCUAAACAUUGACUAAACCUUAAAGACAGUGAAGAGAUGGAAACUUGGUAACACUUUAUUUUAUAGUCACCUAAUAAAUGGAAAAAAAAAACUACAUAACAGCAUAAUGAAAUACUUAUUACUUGGUCACAUGGGAGUUCAUUAUAACAAACACCAUGAUGUUAGCAAGAAUUAGCGAAUUUGAUUGAAUAACUUCAGACAUUACCAGAAAGAUUCAGUAGAGUAUUUUCAUAGUAAACCAGAGGUACCAGUGGUAAUAGGACUGGAAUAAGUACUGUUGCCAAUACUUUACACCAAGCUCUCCUGCUGUGUGAUAAUGAAAAUGAUGAUGUUGAUGAUGACGCGUGGCUGCAUCCUGUCAUCCCCCACCAGGCCAGUCACCUGGAGACUGAGACAGAGGAGUACGAGGAGAAGGAACAGCAGCUGGUCAACGACGUCGUCAAAGAGCUGAGUGAGUAACACACACGGUUCACACACACACGGUUCACAUCUUACGUCCCCUGGGCUCCCUGCGAGAAAGCAAAACAGGGCUGUGUUUCAUUCCAAUAAGGAUGUUCCCUCUGCCCUCGUUCACUCCACUUCACACAUCUGAUAGGACUGGUAUGUAAAAGCAAUAUGGAGGGAACUAGGCAGUUAACCUCAUGUAUCUCAGUGGAGCUAAAUUUAGGCCGCUAAGUGUUGCCACGGAGGAGGCCUAGGAGAGGUCAACAACAUUGAUUCAUGGUGGAUGCUCAUGUCAUUUAUUUCGCCCCGUGUGCCCACUAGGAGAUGCCAACCACCAGAUGUCCACCCUGGCGGAGGAGCUGGCGAGGAAGACGGAUGACGCAUCUCGCCAGCAGGAGGAGAUCACACACCUCCUGUCCCAGAUCGUAGACCUGCAGAAGAAGUCCAAGUCUGUGAGUGGCCAGGCCAGUAAUAACCCAGACUGCCUGCUACGGUCCAAGCCAAUGGACAUGUUCCAGGUCGCCUUUCUUACUGUCCAGCUCUGCAGAUUCUUCUGAUAUCACAACGCCUGGAGAAGUAGAACCAUAUUCAUAAUAUAGCCAUCUUCAGAGAUGCACAGCUGCAAAGAAGACGACCUGGAACACAACUAGUCUCAUAGCUGUUAUCUGUGUGUCUAUGAUGACGUGUGUGAGCCUAUAACCCUAAGGGACUAAGUCAUUUAUGUUCCGCAGUAUGCAGUGGAAAACGAGGAGCUCACCCAGCAUCUAGGAGCUGCCAAAGAUGCCCAGCGCCAGCUCACUGCUGAGGUACAGUAAGGCCUCAUUAAUCAAUUACCCAGAGGACAGUAAGCACUGCCUAACGAGACCCAAUUACCACGCUAGUGAUGUUUUCCAUUAUUUCAGGGGUGUCAACUCAUUCCAUGGAGGGCCUAGUGUCUGCUGCUAUUUGUUUUUCCCUUUCCAUUAAAUCUAGACAACCAUGUGAGGGGAGUUCCUAACUAAUCAGUGACCUUAAGGGAGGAGCGAAAACCCGCAGACACUCGGCCCUCCGUGGAAUGAGUUUGACACGUGCAUUAUUGCGUCAGCUGGUGGAAGUUGGGUUAUAUAAUUCAAUACAAUACAAUCUCUAACCAAAUUGAAAUAGAAUAGUGUUUGAUGUCCCCCGGUUGUUUCAACAGCAUAUGAUUACCACUGUCACUAACAUUAUCUAGAAUGGUGAUAUAGUCCAUAUCGUUUUCUGAGCAUUUCCUCAUCUCUCUCGCUCCUCUUCUCUCGCUCUCUCUCCUCUCUCCCCUCCUCUAGCUGAGGGAGUUGGAGGAUAAAUAUGCAGAGUGUAUGGAGAUGCUCCAUGAGGCCCAGGAAGAGCUGAAGAACCUCCGGAAUAAAUCACUGCCCCUCAGUACACCCCGACGCUUCCACUCCCUGGGCCUGUUCCCUAUGGUGAGACACACACACACAGGGAGUCAGAGUAAUAAAUCACUGCCUCUCAGUACACCCCGACGCUUCCACUCCCUGGGCCUGUUCCCUAUGGUGAGACACACACACACAGGGAGUCAGAGUAAUAAAACGCUGCCCCUCAGUACACUUCAACACUUCCUGUUCCCUAUGGUGAGACACACACACACAGGGAGUCAGAGUAAUAAAACGCUGCCCCUCAGUACACUUCAACACUUCCUGUUCCCUAUGGUGAGACACACACACACAGGGAGUCAGAGUAAUAAAACGCUGCCCCUCAGUACACUUCAACACUUCCUGUUCCCUAUGGUGAGACACACACACACAGGGAGUCAGAGUAAUAAAACGCUGCCCCUCAGUACACCCCGACGCUUCCACUCCCUGGGCCUGUUCCCUAUGGUGAGACACACACACACAGGGAGUCAGAGUAAUAAAACGCUGCCCCUCAGUACACUUCAACACUUCCUGUUCCCUAUGGUGAGACACACACACACAGGGAGUCAGAGUAAUAAGACGCUGCCCCUCAGUACACUUCAACACUUCCUGUUCCCUAUGGUGAGGAGAGAGAGAGAGAUUCUGUUUGUUGAAAACACUAAAGCUAAGAGGAUGGGCUCUGGGUACAAGGUCAAGGAGAACUGAAUUCACAGGUGCAAAACUUCUUCAGACAAUGAACAGUAUACAUACAGAGAGAUUUCCUUUCAUCAGGUUUUGUUUUCAACCCCGUUCCUCAGAUGUUAACAGCAUGGUUUAUGCCAACGGGGUGAGUGGAGAACCUGUCUAUUGCAUCUCUGACUGCAUGAUGUGUUGCCACUCACCACCAGUGAGGAGCAGGGAGGGAACUCUAAUGUCCUGGCCCCAGGCCCAGCCUUUGCCACGUCGUAACUGCCGUGCCCUGCCCCAGAACUGUGACGUAACUGUAACAUAAAGACAGUCACAGAGAGCGGUAGACACCUUAUCUGUGUUAGCGUCUAGCUGUAGUGAACGUGGUCUGCCGGGAGAAGGAGAUGGCUGGUAUUGACCCUGUAGAGAGAAGUCAUGUUUUGAGGUGUUUACAGUAGGAUUAACAGGUUGGGGUUGGUUCCCAUAGUAAACCUGUUAUGUCUGUGUGAUGGAUCCUGUCUUGUUUUGUUUGUCCCGAAUCAAUCGGCUGUGUUUUGGGACCCAGAAGAUUCUCUAACAAAUUAACCCAUGUGUGUCUAGAUUCAAUUCAGUCACAUAGUCUCUCUAUAACAUGGGUCUCCAAUCCUGUUCCUGGAGAGAAACCCUCCUGUAGGUUUUCACACAAACCCUGUUCCUGGAGAGAUACCCUCCUGUAGGUUUUCACUCCAACCCUGUUCCUGGAGAGAUACCCUCCUGUAGGUUUUCACUCCAACCCUGUUCCUGGAGAGAUACCCUCCUGUAGGUUUUCACUCCAACCCCAGUUGUAACUAACCUGGUUCUGCUUAUCAACCAGAUAAUUAUUAGAAUCAGGUGUGAUAGAUUAGGGUUGGAGUGAAAACCUACAGGGCGGUAGCUCUCCAGGAACGGGGUUGGAGUGAAAACCUACAGGGCGGUAGCUCUCCAGGAACGGGGUUGGAGUGAAAACCUACAAGACAGUAGCUCUCCAGGAACAGGGUUGGAGUGAAAACCUACAGGGCGAUAGCUCUCCAGGAACGGGGUUGGAGAGAACCUACAGAACGGUAGCUCUCCAAGAACAGGGUUGGAGUGAAAACCUACAGGGCGGUAGCUCUCCAGGAAUGGGGUUGGAGUGCCCUGCUCUAGAAUGCACCAAUGUUCCAGCUUAACACGGCUGGACAUAUACAACGUCAGUUUGGUAUAGAGAGAAGGGCAGAGUUGGGACAUCCAGCUUUCUUACGUCACUGCCUCAUCCGCUUGUUGUCCUAGCGUAAACAUCCCCCGGACACAAAUAAGUAGCUAGAAAGAUGGUGAUUUUUAAUGAGUGCAUUUACGCCCACCCGUAGUAUGUGCUCCAGCAGGUAUAUCUCACUGGUCAUCCCCAAAGCCAACACCUCCUUUGGCCGCCAUUCCUUCCAGUUCUCUGCUGCCAAUGACUGGAACAAAUUGCAAAAAUCUCUGAAGCUGGAGACACUUAUCUCCCUCACUAACUUUAAGCAUCAGUUGUCAGAGCACCUUACCGAUCACUGCACCUGUACACAGCCCAUCUGAAAUUAGCCCACCCAACUACCUCAUCCCUAUAUUGUUAUUUAUUUUGCUAAUUUGCACCCCAGUAUCUCUAUUUGCACAUCAUCUCUUGCACAUCUAUCAUUCCAGUGUUAAUACUAAUUGUAAUUAUUUUGCACUAUAGUCUAUUUAUUGCCUUACCUCCAUAACUUGCUACAUUUGCACACACUGUAUAUAUAUUUUCUGUUGUAUUUUUGACUUUAUGUUUUGUUUUACCCCAUAUGUAACUCUGUGUUGUUGUUUUUAUCGCACUGCUUUGCUUUAUCUUGGCCAGGUCGCAGUUGUAAAUGAGAACUUGUUCUCAACUGGCUUACCUGGUUAAAUAAAGGUUAAAUAAAAAAAAUAUAUGCAAGUGGUUAGUUUGCAUCAACUACCUUCACUUAAACCACUGCAAAGGUUUUGCCUGCAAACUUUGGUUUCCAAUCGUUACAUUCUGGCAUGUCUGCCUCGUGAUUUGUUGGGAGAGUGGUCUGUCUGAAGAGGACUCCCCCCUUUUCGAAGUUACCAAGAGAAUCCGUCAUUAAUCGCAGACCUAACCUCGUGCUGUUGCUGCCCUAGGUCUGGGGCUUCAGAGACUAGUCACAUAGUACUCAUUACUAUUGUCUGUCUGUCUGUCUGUCCUCCCAGGACUCUCUAGCUGCUGAGAUUGAGGGCACCAUGAGGAAGGAGCUGGCUAUGGAUGACCCGGAAGUGGAAGAGCAGAAGUAGACCCUCAUCCAAUACUAAUAUCUCUAUUCAAUACCAAUAUCUACUGUAGUACAUCUAACCCUAACCCCAUUUUAGAGCUACGCUGAUAUUGUGUCCGUGUGUGUGUCCAUGGUAUGUGUGUGUGUGUGUGUAGGUUGCACCCCAAGCGUGUGUUUGAGACCGUGAAAAACGUUAACCUGAUGCGUCAGCGCUCCUCUCUGGCCCCGUCUCCCAUGAACAUCCCCGGCUCCAACCGGUCGUCCUGUCUGAACUCGGGCCGCUCCAGCUGCCUGUCCACGCCCCGCUCCAGCCUGUACGGAGGAGAUAUGGGGAGCAUCCUCAUAGACAACCGCACCAACAGCUUCAUACUGGAGACGCCUGACCACAGGUGCUGGGACUGAGCCAUGACUCUACUGGCUGUCUGGCUCUCUUUCACUUUGAAAUCUCUCUUUCUCUCUUGUUGAAUGUGAACUCUCUUGUUGAAUGUGAACUCUCUUGUUGAAUGUGAACUCUCUUGUUGAAUGUGAACUAACUCACUCUCUCUCUAAAUGUGAGCUCUCUGAAUGUGAACUCUCUAAAUGAGAACUCUCGCUGAAUGUGAACUCUCUCUUUCUCGCUGAACAUGAAGUAUUUCUCUCUCCUCUUCCUGUCUCUCUCUCUCCCUGCCCUCUGUACUUCUCUCUCUCCCUACCUGUCUCUCUCUCCCUGCCCUCUGUACUUCUCUCUCUCCCUACCUGUCUGUCUCUCUCUCCCUGCCCUCUGUACUUCUCUCUCUCCCUACCUGUCUGUCUCUCUCUCCCUGCCCUCUGUACUUCUCUCUCUCCCUACCUGUCUGUCUCUCUCUCCCUGCCCUCUGUACUUCUCUCUCUCCCUACCCGUCUGUCUCUCUCUCCCUGCCCUCUGUACUUCUCUCUCUCCCAACCCGUCUGUCUCUCUCUCCCUGCCCUCUGUACUUCUCUCUCUCCCUACCUGUCUGUCUCUCUCUCCCUGCCCUCUGUACUUCUCUCUCUCCCUACCUGUCUGUCUCUCUCUCCCUGCCCUCUGUACUUCUCUCUCUCCCUACCUGUCUGUCUCUCUCUCCCUGCCCUCUGUACUUCUCUCUCUCCCUACCUGUCUGUCUCUCUCUCCCUGCCCUCUGUACUUCUCUCUCUCCCUACCUGUCUGUCUCUCUCUCCCUGCCCUCUGUACUUCUCUCUCUCCCUACCUGUCUGUCUCUCUCUCCCUGCCCUCUGUACUUCUCUCUCUCCCUACCUGUCUGUCUCUCUCCCUGCCCUCUGUACUUCUCUCUCUCCUCUUCCUGUCUCUUUCUCUUUAUUUCUCUCUAUCCCGCAUUCUCUCUCUUCUUGAUCUAGUAAGGUUCUGGCUGUAACAACAGCUCAGAGGUCGUCCCAUCCAUGUAGUUGUCCAGUAAAGUCUAUCAGAGCAUAAACAGUGUAAACCAAGAUGGCGCACAUGGUUUCCUGAAUGCAUGUCUGCUAUCGUUGGAAUUUGAAUAGAUCAGGGUUAGGGUUACUAAGCACUUUGCAGGCUAUACAACAACACUGCCAGCAAUGUCCAUGGCUUUGCUAGGUAAACCAAGAGGGAGAGGAGGAAGUGUGCCUUUACUAGUUCCCAAAAGCAACCACAGUACAAUAAAGCCAAACAGUACUUUCUCAUGUAACUGCAGUUGAACUGAUUAUGUUGUGGCACUUCAUAAAAAAUGCUUGGAAAGUGAAAACUUCUUGUGUUGAUGUCAAGUGACCAUUGGUUAUUAGGAAUGCCAACCGCAUAUAACAACGGUUGACUCGUUUUUUUGUUUUGUUGAUGUCAUCAGCAUGUCUUGUUGCUAUGCACUUUGUUAUGUAAAGGACCAGAGCCUGUCAUACAGCAGACCAGUUAUAGGACCUUUUGUUAGACUUGUAGCAUUGAAUAGGACUAGAUUUAAUAAAUAAAUACUAUGUACCCCCCCCCCCCCCCCCCCCCUCCACCAGUGUGGAUGACUCCAACAAGAAACCAGGGACCCCUGGAACGCCGGGCUCUCAGGAUCUGGAAGCAGCCCUCCGACGUCUCUCCCUGCGGCGGGACAACUGCCUGAGCGAGCGCCGCUUCUUCGAGGAGGAGAGGGAUCGGAAGCUCCAGGGGCUGGUGGAGAAGGGAGAGGUGUACAGCGGCAGUAUGACCCCCACAGAGAGCAUCAUGUCCCUGGGAGGAACACACCCCUCUUCCGUCUGGUCUGGGUACUCCUUCUGCUCCCGCUCCUACCUGCCGGAGAAGCUGCAGAUCGUCAAGCCACUGGAAGGUGACUCCCCCCACCACCCCCCGCGACCUCUCACCCUGCUGCUGGUUGACACGCUGUGGGAGCUAAUGCACCAUGAUGAGUGCAGCCUCUCAGUACUCCUCCUACUUCAGACACACCCAGCCCUGCUGCUGGUUCCAGAUCUACAGUUAGAGUUGAGGCUCACAUACAUCGUACCUAAUGUGGAUCUAGCUUUCGUAUGCCGGUCGUUCAGCGUGCUGUGUUUUAGGGACCACCCGCUGUAGACGUCUGACUAAAAUCUUUAAGUGAUUCUACAUGUAAAAUCGGUACGCACUCGGUUCGCAAAUUACGUUCAGAGGAGCCAUGUUCCAGCAAACUGUAUUGGUGUGCCUGAGCCCUUAGAGUCAGACUUAGAGUCAGAACAGCCCACUGCCACUAGCCCUGCCUGACACAUUAAUUUAGCCUACAAUGUUAUCAUCAUGCAAAGCAAAUCCAGACCUGUCGCUGGUCUUUUCCACAACAACAUUGAGGCCCUGUGCUACUCAUCCUAUGUUUUAUCAAGGAGGGAUCACAUUACUCUAAUGUCCAUGUGAAAUGAUCUCCAAACAUAUCAGGCAUCCGCAAAAAGCAGUUAAAAAGAGAUUCGCUGCAUAUUUGUGUUAUCUCCUGAAAGAACCUGAAAGAAACUGUUUGAAAUACAAGUUGGAAACUGUGUUAGUUUGAAUUGAUAGACGCAGUUAUAUUACAGGUAUGAAGCACACGUUUAACCAAAAUGUUUCUUACAUAGAGUAUUUUCCUAUGCUAAAAUACUAAAUAUAUUUAUUUUCCUAAUGUUGUUUUUGACAUGUUUUAGUCAGAUUUAAUGGUUGAUUGAAAUAUCACCAGAGAUCAAGGGGCCCUGGUCAAAAGUAGUGCACCAUAUAGGGAUGUAGGGUGGCAUUUGGGACGUGGCCACGGUCAGGUUAUACAGUAGUACAGUAUCUAAUCUGGGUCUCUAGUGCCACCUGGUGACAACACCAUUAACAUGCACAAUGAAUCAACACUUUACCUUGCCUGUUCAUUACAUUAUUACACUGUUAUUACAUUAUCAUUACACUAUAAUAAUAUACACUAAGAUUUAGUUCAAAUCUAAUUAUUGCUUCUUUUUGCUACAUGUUUUAUGCAUCUUUUGACGCCAGUCAGUCAUUUGCAUGGCAUUAUCAGUCUGUUUGGAAUUGAGACGUUAGGUACAGUGCAUCUUAUUACAUUAUCAAUCUGGACUUGAGACGUUAGGUACAGUGCAUCUUAUUACAUUAUCAAUCUGUUUGGACUUGAGACGUUAGGUACAGUGCAUCUUAUUACAUUAUCAAUCUGUUUGGACUUGAGACGUUAGGUACAGUGCAUCUAAUUUCAACCCUUUUCUUUCUUACGCAUGUCUCUUUCAGUUGGUGUCUUGUCUAUUCUGUGUUCAUUAAUUUCAGUUUCUGUUGACCUUCUAUCAGCUUGUUUUAUAUACAGUUGAAGUCGGAAGUUUACGUACACCUUAGCCAAAUACAUUUCAACUCAGUUUUUCACAAUUCCUGACAUUUAAUCCUAGUAAAAAUUCCCUGUCUUAGGUCAGUUAGGAUCACCACUUUAUUUUAAGAAUGUGAAAUGUCAGAAUAAUAGUAGUAGCAUUGCCUUUAAAUUGUUUAACUUGGCUCAAACGUUUCGGGUAGCCUUCCACAAGCUUCCCACAAUAGGUUGGGUGAAUUUUGGCCCAUUUGUCCUGAUAGAGCUGGUGUAACUGAGUCAGGUUUGUAGGCCUCCUUGCUCGCACACGUUUUUUAAGUUGUGCCCAUACAUUUUCUAUAGGAUUGAGGUCAGGGCUUUGUGAUGGCCACUCCAAUACCUUGACUUUGUUGUCCUUAAGCCAUUUUGCCACAACUUUGGAAGUAUGCUUGGGGUCAUUGUCCAUUUGGAAGACUAAUUUGCGACCAAGCUUUAACUUCCUGACUGAUGUCUUGAGAUGUUGCUUCAAUAUAUCCACAUAAUUUUCCUUCCUCAUGAUGCCAUCUUUUUUGUGAAGUGCACCAGUCCCUCCUGCAGCAAAGCACCCCCACAGCAUGAUGCUGCCACCCCCGUGCCUCACGGUUGGGAUGGGGUUCUUCGGCUUGCAAGUACCCCCUUUUUCCUCCAAACAUAACGAUGGUCAUUAUGGCCAAACAGUUCUAUUUUUGUUUCAUCAGACCAGAGGACAUUUCUCCAAAAAGUACGAUCGUUGUCCCCAUGUGCAGUUGCAAACCGUAGUCUGGCUUUUUUAUGACCGUUUUGGAGCAGUGGCUUCUUCCUUGCUGAGCGGCCUUUCAGGUUAUGUUGAUAUAGGACUCGUUUUACUGUGGAUAUAGAUACUUUUGUAUCUGUUUCCUCCAGCAUCUUCACAAGGUCCUUUGCUGUUGUUCUGGGAUUUAUUUGCACUUUUCGCACCAAAGUAUGUUAAUCUCUAGGAGACAGAACAUGUCUCCUUCCUGAACGGUAUGACGACUGCGUGGUCCCAUGGUGUUUAUACUUGCGUACUAUUGUUUGUACAGAUGAACGUGGUACCUUCAGGCGUUUGGAAAUUGCUCCCAAGGAUGAACCAGACUUGUGGAGGUCUACAAUUUUUUUUUCUUCUGAGGUCUUGGCUGAUUUCUGUUGAUUUUCCCAUGAUGUCAAGCAAAGAGGCACUGAGUUUGAAGAUAGGCCUUGAAAUACAUCCACAGGUACACCUCCAAUUGACUCAAAUGAUGUCAAUUAGCCUAUCAGAAGCUUCUAAAGCCAUGACAUCAUUUUCUGGAAUUUUCCAAGCUGUUUAAAUGCACAGUCAACUUAGUGUAUGUAAACUUCUGAACCACUGGAAUUGUGAUACAGUGAAAUAAUCUGUCUGUAGACAAUUGUUGGAAAAAUUACUUGUGUCAUGCACAAAGUAGAUGUCCUAACUGACUUGCCAAAACUAUAGUUUGUUAACAAGACAUUUGUGGAGUGGUUGAAAAACGAGUUUUAAUGACUCUAACCUAAGCGUAUGUAAACUUCCGACUUCAACUGUAGCUCUUCCAAUAAAAUCGACCAAUUUUAUUUUGACGCCAGUCAGUCAUUUGCAUGGCAUUAUCAGUCUGUUUGGACUUGAGACGGUAGGUACAGUGCAUCUUAUUACAUUAUUAGCUCUUCCAAUUAAAUCUACUAAUUUUCUCUCUUUAUGUUCAUAUUUGCCUGUACCUAACCUUUUGAAAGACUUUACUCCUCUAUCUGAUUGAUAAGGGACAGGGAGAACCACAGAUUUGACUUGAAAUAAAGGUACAUUUCAGAAACCACUGCUAGAAGUGGCGAUACACACUGAUAUCUUACUUGCAAGUGAGAUAAUAUAACUUGGUGUAAACACCCUAGAAUUGGGUGAAAGCUGGGUGAAGGCAACCUCUUCCACAACUCCCAUCAAUGCAUGUUGAAGUCCAAAUCGUCACCCCUCUCCACACAUAGACCAGACCUACUGUGUAGUUACACUGCCUUUCCCUUAACUGUUCUUCUCAGGCUUUCCCAUUGAGAUUUAGCUCAAUUCAACCCAAUGUGGAAUAGUUGAAUGGUGAUGUCACUUGGUUUACGACCUACAGGAUGAACUGCCAUACAAAGGCAGCUCUGUCUGUUAGAAAGGAGGGAACGCUACUACUAAAGUAGAGUCAUGUUGUUGGACAUGGAUACCCCUGACCUCCCUGGAUUCAUAGAGUAUGCAUGUGGAUGUGUAGAGAGCAAUGUAAAGGGGCUAUAUUUAGAUGCCCUUAAACACCCUUCAUGUUCUACCGUAUCUGUUCACAUCCAGAUUUAUAUCAGUGGUCUAGAGAGGGAAGGCCAUUUCUGUUACGUUUCUCCAGCCAUCUUAUGAUGUAUGAUAGCAGCUGAUAUAUUAUACGCAUUACCAUAGAAACCCAUUUAACAUAGAAGCCUAUAUUAUGACGCAUUACCAUAGAAACCCAUUUAACAUAGAAGACUAUAUUAUGAUGCAUUAGCAUAGAAACCCAUUUAACAUAGAAGCCUAUAUUAUGAUGCUAUUAUCAUAGAAACCCAUUUAACAUAGAAGCCUAUAUUAUGAUGCAUUACCAUAGAAACCCAUUUAACAUAGAAGCCUAUAUUAUGAUGCAUUACCAUAGAAACCCAUUUAACAUAGAAACCUAUAUUAUGACGCAUUACCAUAGAAACCCAUUUAACAUAGAAGCCUAUAUUAUGAUGCAUUACCAUAGAAACCCAUUUAACAUAGAAUACUAUAUUAUGAUGCAUUAGCAUAGAAACCCAUUUAACAUAGAAGCCUAUAUUAUGAUGCAUUAUCAUAGAAACCCAUUUAACAUAGAAGCCUAUAUUAUGAUGCAUUACCAUAGAAACCCAUUUAACAUAGAAGACUAUAUUAUGAUGCAUUACCAUAUAAGCCUAUAUUAUGAUGCAUUACCAUAGAAACCCAUUUAACAUAGAAGCCUAUAUUAUGACGCAUUACCAUAGAAACCCAUUUAACAUAGAAGCCUAUAUUAUGAUGCAUUACCAUAGAAACCCAUUUAACAUAGAAACCUAUAUUAUGAUGCAUUACCAUAGAAACCCAUUUAACAUAGAAGCCUAUAUUAUGAUGCAUUACCAUAGAAACCCAUUUAACAUAUAAGCCUAUAUUAUGAUGCAUUACCAUAGAAACCCAUUUAACAUAGAAGCCUAUAUUAUGAUGCAUUACCAUAUAAGCCUAUAUUAUGAUGCAUUACCAUAGAAACCCAUUACCAUAGAAGCCUAUAUUAUGACGCAUUACCAUAGAAACCCAUUUAACAUAGAAACCUAUAUUAUGAUGCAUUACCAUAGAAACCCAUUACCAUAGAAACCCAUUUAACAUAGAAGCCUAUAUAGAAAUGCAGCAAAAACAAAUGCAGAUGUGUGUUUAACGUUUGAUAUUUUCCCUCCCUCCCUCCCAGGCUCAGCCACCCUGCACCAGUGGCAGCAGCUGGCCCAGCCCAACCUGGGUGGGAUCCUGGACACGCGGCCUGGUGUGGUCACCAAGGGCUUCCGUCCUCUGGAACUAGACCUGGAGCACAUCUACCAGUUCACUGACUUUGAGGAGGAGGACUUUGAGGUAGUGGAGGAGUCAGACGACCUGUCUGUCCACAGCCUCUCUACCUCAGGCUGUAGUGGCAUCGCCAUCCUCAGCCGGCAGGGCCUCCGUACCCGCUCCUCCUCCUGCUCCUCCACCUGCAGCGGCAGAGCCAUCAACAACAGCCUUCCAGAGGGUGGGGUUGGAGGUGAUGGAGAAGCCAGGGAAGAGGGCGAGACAUUGGGCCCAGGCAGCACACCACUGUUGUCGCCCGCACCUACAGACAGCGAGAACCAGGAGAACCAGGAUCAGGCUGCAGCCGCUGAUGGGUUGUCCGGUGAGGGAGCCUUCUAAAUGGGUCACACAGGCACCAGACGUCCCUAACCCACCCUUCUACCACAGGAUGUUGGGGCAUUCAUUGGCCAUUGCCAUCCCCUCCCUGCCUGUCCGUCGGUCCCCGAUCCCUCCACGCUCAUGCACACAUCUCCAGGCACACCCACCUCAUCCAGACGUGUCCAGACACACCCACCUCAUCCAGACGUGUCCAGACACACCCACCUCAUCCUGAGGUGUCCUACUGUCAUGCCCCUUUUGAGUAUAUUGAGUUGUAUUUAUUUCAGUGUCAUCUUUAAUCUCCACCUCACACAUUCACACUUUUCCUAAAAUCUCAAGAUCCUUCCUUCCUUACGAAUUCAGAUUAAUUUAAAUAAUCCAGUUCUGAUCACCCCUUCCGGCCACUCAAGUAAUUUGUGUCCAAUCUGGUGUCAAAUCAUCAUCAUUGUCACUCCUGAGAAAGUCGUGAUUUUGUUAAUAUCUUCCAUCACAGCAUUCUUAAUCUCAAAGGCAUGAAGUUCACUCAAAAAGCCAAUUAUUAGAGAUGUCCUGUGUUAGUGUAAACCUACAUAGUAAUGUAGUGACGUAGUAUAAACCUACAUAUACGAAUGUCACACACUCCAGAUUGAGUAUGUACAACCUAUGGCCAGUGUCCAGGUCACUGUGGUUUGGGUGUGGUGGUAUCAGAUGACCGUGAUCUAUUAACAACACCAUGCUCACAGCUGCCCAGAAACUCACAUGACACUACUGCCGUCAAAGAUAGGGGCUCUGGGACUGCGUCCCAAAUGGCACCCUAUUCCCUAUAUAGUGCACUACUUUUGACCUUGGCCCAUAGUGCUCUGGUCAAAAGUAGUAUACUACGUAGCAAAUAGGGUGCCAUUUGGGACAAAUGUUCUGUCCAUGACCCUGUUUCCUAGGAAUCAUUAUGGGGUGAAGUGGUGUGAAUGUCACCUCAGCUCCUGCCUUUGACAUUGAGCUGCAGAGUCCACACACAGCUCCAAACAGUCAUCACUGCAGAGUCCACAUACAGCUCCAAACAGUCAACACUGCAGAGUCCACAUACAGCUCCAAACAGUCAACACUGCAGAGUCCACAUACAGCUCCAAACAGUCAACACUGCAGAGUCCACAUACAGCUCCAAACAGUCAACACUGCAGAGUCCACAUACAGCUCCAAACAGUCAUCACUGUCCACACACCACACAUCUCCAAACAGUCAACACUGCAGAGUCAACACAAAGCUCCAAACAACCAGUCAACACACCACUUCUGAGUCAACACUGCAGAGUCCACACACAGCUCCAAACAGUCAACACACCACUUAUCUGCAGUGUUUUUAGUUUAACCCUGCAUUGUGUUCCCUAUGGAGAAUCCCUAUGGUAGAGUGGAACACUAAUUCAUGCCUGGGAUGUUAGGAAUCUGCUGAAAUCAUUGUUCAUUAACUGUCAUAUGUCAUUCCUUUAUCUGCCUAUCAAAUGUUUUCAGUGGUUUAAAACGGCAUCUUCAGGCUAAAAUACAGCGGUUUCAUCUUUGCAAUUGAAGCAGCUUUAAACCAUCCACUCUGUGUCUUUGAGUGUUGGAUUUGAAGUUUUAUGUUUAAAAAAAAUGUGUACCUCUGUUCCCAGUAAUAACCCUCCCUCCCUCCACUCUCUCCUUCUCUCCCUCUCUCCCCUUCUCUCCCUCUCUCCCCUUCUCUCCCUCUCUCCCCUUCUCUCCCUCUCUCCCCUUCUCUCCCUCUCUCCCCUUCUCUCCCUGUCUACAGCCCACUACCCUGGUAAAUGUAUGUCCAACACCAGCUCCACCUAUACCUUCACCACCUGUCGGAUCAUGCACCCAUCAGACGAGCUGACCAGAGUCACCCCCAGGUUAGACAACCCUUCUACCCCACACUGGUGGAGUCCCAAAUGGCUUCCCUAUCCACUAUGGGCCCUGGUCAAAAGAAGUGCACUACAGUGUAUAUAGGGAAUAGGGUACCAUUUGGGAUGCAUCCUGACACUGUAGUGCACCCCUGUAGCCACUAGGUGGCAGUGUCUGUCUGAACCACUAUCACUGCAGACAAUGGAAACCUUGGCUUUCAGCGUUGGGCUGAGGGUGAUAAUACAGAGAGGAUAAUAAUCAGCCCAUAUUGCUGAAGGAAAUACUGACUCCGAUUUAAAAAAUGAAUUAAUAUUGAUGUAAAAAGUAAGUUAGUCAUGAUUUCAUUCACAAGUACGUUUUCCUUUGCCCUGGCUGAGCCAUACUGUGUUCAGCACAUACCCGCUGUCUGACAGCUAUUAUUGCCCCUCUUGGAUAACUAAAGUUGAUUGAAUUGUGUUGACUUGCCCCCCUCCCCUCCAGGUCAUGUGAUGAGGAAGAGGAAGCCGCUCUAUCAUGUUGUUCUGAGGGCUGACUUAGGGCUGACUGAGCCACGCCCCCUCCCGCCCCGUGGGUGAGACCUGUCACAUGACUAGGAGCAUGGCCUCGUUGUAGGGGGUCCAGGGUCUGACUCAGUAGUUUGGGGGUGUUCCUGCCUCGCUGUCUCCUAACUAUCCCGCUUCCUUCAAUCUCUAAGCCCUCUAACCCCCUCCUGUCAACUGUCAGUCAAACACAUCUAGAACCGCUCCUCACCAAAGGGCUGAGACUCUCUAAUCAAUGACAAUCAGAUCAAAAUGUCUUGCAUAAUAUAAUGAUUGGUCCUGACCCUGGCAUUGAUUCAUACAAUACAACUUGAUUGUGGUCUGAUGAUUGAUGCUAAGCUUGUGGGUGUUCAUUGCUUACUUAACUUUGUUUGGAACAGUGUUCAUGACACUGGUUUGUAUACGUGUGUUAGCACUGCGUCUCUGAUACUAAUUGAUUAGCAAAUUUCCUUUGGUGGUUUUCCAGGAAAUGGUAUCUGGGGUUGAAAUUGCAUGUGUUUGGGUUAACAUUCAGAAAACCUUGUCAGUGUCUCAUUGAUUUGUCUGUUUAUUAAUUAAAUGGUCAGUGAGAUUUCGAUAUUAAUAUUAUAAAAUUAGAUUUUGUAUUUGAUCUGAUAUUGAUAUAGACAGUGAUUGAUUAGUUCAUGUACAUUGUAGCAGGAAGUCCCUCUCUAUUGUACUAGUCUGCAUCAGUGUGUGUACUAAAAAAUGAAACUAACAUUGAUGAUCAGUAAUGAUCAUACUAAAAUCAACCUAUUGUAUAGCUAUUGUGUGGUCAAGGCUCUAGAAGGAGCUAAUGAGGGGUCUUUUAACUCCAUCUGUGUUGACUCUUAUAAAAUAUUGUCAUGUGGAUGUUAUCAAUAGCAAGUAAUAUUAAAGCUUGAAUCAUCAGUAUAGCUUGACUGGCUGUGUCUGUCAUAGCUGAGGAGUAUACAGUGGGGAAAAAAAGUAUUUAGUCAGCCACCAAUUGUGCAAGUUCUCCCACUUAAUAAGAUGAGAGAGGCCUGUAAUUUUCAUCAUAGGUACACGUCAACUAUGACAGACAAAAUGAGAAAAAAAAAUCCAGAAAAUCACAUUGUAGGAUUUUUUAUGAAUUUAUUGGCAUAUGAUGGUGGAAAAUAAGUAUUUGGUCAAUAACAAAAGUUUCUCAAUACUUUGUUAUAUACCCUUUGUUGGCAAUGACACAGGUCAAACGUUUUCUGUAAGUCUUCACAAGGUUUUCACACACUGUUGCUGGUAUUUUGGCCCAUUCCUCCAUGCAGAUCUCCUCUAGAGCAGGGAUGUUUUGGGGCUGUCACUGGGCAACACAGACUUUCAACUCCCUCCAAAGAUUUUCUAUGGGGUUGAGAUCUGGAGACUGGCUAGGCCACUCCAGGACCUUGAAAUGCUUCUUACGAAGCCACUCCUUCGUUGCCCGGGCGGUGUGUUUGGGAUCAUUGUCAUGCUGAAAGACCCAGCCACGUUUCAUCUUCAAUGCCCUUGCUGAUGGAAGGAGGGUUUCACUCAAAAUCUCACGAUACAUGGCCCCAUUCAUUCUUUCCUUUACACGGAUCAGUCGUCCUGGUCCCUUUGCAGAAAAACAGCCCCAAAGCAUGAUGUUUCCAACCCCAUGCUUCACAGUAGGUAUGGUGUUCUUUGGAUGCAACUCAGCAUUCUUUGUCCUCCAAACAUGACGAGUUGAGUUUUUACCAAAAAGUUCUAUUUUGGUUUCAUCUGACCAUAUGACAUUCUCCCAAUCCUCUUCUGGAUCAUCCAAAUGCACUUCAGACGGGCCUGGACAUGUACUGGCUUAAGCAGGGGGACACGUCUCGCACUGCAGGAUUUGAGUCCCUGGCGGCGUAGUGUGUUACUGAUGGUAGGCUUUGUUACUUUGGUCCCAGCUCUCUGCAGGUCAUUCACUAGGUCCCCCCGUGUGGUUCUGGGAUUUUUGCUCACCGUUCUUGUGAUCAUUUUGACCCCACGGGGUGAGAUCUUGCGUGGAGCCCCAGAUCGAGGGAGAUUAUCAGUGGUCUUGUAUGUCUUCCAUUUCCUAAUAAUUGCUCCCACAGUUGAUUUCUUCAAACCAAGCUGCUUACCUAUUGCAGAUUCAGUCUUCCCAGCCUGGUGCAGGUCUACAAUUUUGUUUCUGGUGUCCUUUGACAGCUCUUUGGUCUUGGCCAUUGUGGAGUUUGGAGUGUGACUGUUUGAGGUUGUGGACAGGUGUCUUUUAUACUGAUAACAAGUUCAAACAGGUGCCAUUAAUACAGGUAACGAGUGGAGGACAGAGGAGCCUCUUAAAGAAGAAGUUACAGGUCUGUGAGAGCCAGAAAUCUUGCUUGUUUGUAGGUGACCAAAUACUUAUUUUCCACCAUAAUUUGCAAAUAAAUUCAUUAAAAAUCCUACAAUGGGAUUUUCUGGAAAUUUUUUUCUCAAUUUGUCUGUCAUAGUUGACGUGUACCUAUGAUGAAAAUUACAGGCCUCUCUCAUCUUUUUAAGUGGGAGAACUUGCACAAUUGGUGGCUGACUAAAUACUUUUUUUCCCCACUGUAGCUGACUGUAUAGCUGACUGUAAUAUCUGACUGUAUAGCAGUACAGCUGACUGUAUAGUUGCAUAGCUGACUGUAUAGCAGUGUAGCUGAAUGUAUAGCUGUAUAGUUGAUUGUAUAGCUGACAGUAUAGCUGACUGUAUUGCUGUAUGGCAGACUUUAUGGCUGACUGUAUAGCAGUAUGGCUGACUGUAUAGUUAACUGUAUAGCAGUAUAGCUGACUGUAUAACUGACUGUAUAGCUGACUGUAUAGCUGACUGUAUAACUGUAUAGCUGACUGUAUAGCAGUAUAACUGACUGUAUAGCAGUGUAGCUGACUGUAUAGCUGACUGUAUAGCUGACUGUAUAGCAGUAUAGCUGACUGUAUAUCUGACUGUAUAACAGUAUAUCUGACUGUAUAGCAGUAUAGCUGACCUUAUAUCUGACUGUAUAGAUGACCAUAUAGCAGUAUAGCUGACUGUAUAGCUGACUGUAUAGCAGUAUAGCUGACUGUAUAUCUGACUGUAUAACAGUAUAGCUGACUGUAUAGCAGUAUAGCUGACCUUAUAUCUGACUGUAUAGAUGACCAUAUAGCAGUAUAGCUGACUGUAUAUCUGACUGUGUAGCUGUAUAGCUGACUGUAUAGCUGACUGUAUAGCUGACUGCGUAGCAGUAUAGCUGACUGGAGCAGCAUAGCUGACUGUAUAUCUGACUGUAUAGCUGACUGUGUUGCAGUAUAGCUGACUGUAUGGCUGACUGUAUAGCAGUAUAGGCUGACUGUAUAUCUGACUGUAUAGCAGUAUAGCUGACUGUAUAGCUGACUGAAUAGAUGACUGUAUAGCUCACAGUAUAGCAGUAUAGCUGACUGUAUAGAAGUAUAGCUGACUGUGUUGCUGACUGUAUAGCAGUAUAGCUGACUGUAUAGCUGACUUUAUAGCUGACUGUAGAGCAGUAUAGUUGACUGUGUAGCAGUAUAGCUGGCUGUAUAGAUGACUGUAUAGCUUACUGUAUAGCAGUAUAGCUGACUGUAUAGCAAGAUAGCUGACUGUAUAGAAGUAUAGCUGACUGUGAGGCUAACUGUAUAGCAGUAUAGCUAACUGUAUAGCUGACUGUAUAGCUGACUGUAUAGCAGUAUGUGUGUGUGACUGUCUGUGUGUGCUUCUCCAUCUCCCUCUUUCAGCCUUAUGUCGGGCCCUACUGCCUCCUGCGUCGUGACCAGCAGCAGCAGCGUCAGAUCCACCCCCUGCUCCACCCCCUGCACCCCGCGCCGCCUCAGCCUGGCGGCCGAGUCCUUCACCAACCUGAGAGACUCCACCAAGACCAUGAGCACUAGUGGAGGUCUUGUGCGGCUCCUCCAGGAGCGAGGCAUCUCUGCAGCAGUCUACAACCCUCAGAGCUGGGACCGGGCAGACUGUAGCACCUCCAUCCCCACUGGGGGGGCACCGUUGCUCCUACCGCCUCGGCCCCCCGACACUCUACCCUCCACGCCGCCCAACUCCCCAACCCACCACUCCCUCCGCUCCAAACCCAGCGGCCCCUUCGACCUCAGCCCCAGUGCCCUGCCCUAUGACAACUUCCUGGCGUCGAAGCCGGCCAGCUCCAUCCUGAAGGAGGUGAGGGCGGAGGCCCAGAGCAGUGAGUCAGCGGACAGCGAGUGUCAGAUUGACGUCAGCGUCCACAACCUGAAGCUGGUGGACAAGCUGAAGCGCUUCAGCGUGGCUGGGGCCAGCCCCUCUUUAUCAGGGGCCACGGGGCCCACCAUGCUGGGGCCCCUCAGCGGCCUCCACUGCCCUUCCCACUUCGGCCCCUCUGUGGUGGCCAGUCCAAUAGGGGGCCUCGGCCCCGCUCUGAACGCAGGCAUCCGCCGCAACCGCAGCUACCCAGCCAUGGUAGGGGCCGGCAUGGCAAUGAAGGGCCCGGGGCCCCACAGCCCCACAGACAUGCUCCUUGCUUCUUCCUCCAAGCUCCCCAGACAGACUAGUCUCAAUGAUGAGUGAAUGAAGGUUUCCUUGAGUUGAAUGUAUAUAUAGCUGCUGUAUGAGGCCCCCGUUUCCGUGACAAAUCAACUCUGUGCCUGAAAGAGAUGCCCUUUCUUUGUACAGUGCAUUUUGUAUCAAUGAUAAUUAUUUUGUCUUCCGUUAUCUCUCUCUUUUUCUUUCUCUCUCUCUUCUGCUUCUCUUUCUCUCUCUUUGUCUCUCUCCUUACAACUCUCAGUAAAUAGUACCAUGAUGUAUUAUUCUUUCUGUUUCUGAUUGGCCAGGCAGAUCGGUAGGCUGAAGAACAUGUACUGUAGCACCUGUUAUCUGUUUAGAAAAAGGAGCGGUUCCAAGCCCAGGUAAACUCAUUUAAAAAAUCUAUUUUUUUUAUUCCCAGGUCUAAAUGUAUACAUGUAGACAAAAAAACAUUAUCUUCCUGUUAAUUAGCCAAUGAGUGGCAAACAGUACCAACGAACGCACCUUAAGUGGUAUUUAAGGGUUUUCAGUGGCAUCCAUGACAAUAUGCACAUAACUAAAACCUUUAUUGAGGAAAUGAAAUGUUGGAGGUACGGUAUGCAAACUACUAGCUAGCACAAUACUGGGCAACAACACAUCAUGUUAUUCACCUCAACGUUUUAUCCAAAUAAAGACUGGGAAGGAGCCACACUUGAAGCUAAGAGGAAUGCAUGGAUGUUUGCCGUGAAUGAAUAGGCUAUGGUUUGAACUUGAAAACAAAAUCACUUUAUUGUAACAGACCAACAUUAUUUCUAGACAUUUGUGUGCAGUGUGAGUAUGUGAACUUGUGUGUAUAAAGUUGUUGAAAGAUUGACCUAUAGGCCUAGAUAGUCUAAGAAAGACUUGAGUCAUUUGGUUAAAGUGAUAAUCAGAUAUACAGGACAUUUCAACCAGAGCCCACUAACUGCUGUCUCCCAAUACAAAACCAGUGUACGAGAGUUCUCUGGGAGGGACGCCAUAAUUAUACAAGUUUCAAUUGUUUUUCUCUGUGAUAAAAAGCUUUGGUGACUGAACUGUUAGCUUUAAACUAAAGCCACUGUACUGUAAAUGAAGUUGUGAAACGCAGAGACGGAGGGAUACGUCCUAGUGCCUCAUCCUUUACAUAGUUUCAUUGUUGUUUGACUGACUGACCUGUCUGUCCAUUGUGUGGUCUGCCUUCCUCUAAUAGAUUCCACCCUGCUAUGAGCAGUUUAACUACAAAUGUGUUUUGAGGAUAUCCUCCUCGUAGGGGUUUUAACUUGAACUGCAGAGAAGAUGAGAUAUCGUUAGAUCUUGGAUAUCUGUAUUUUGAGAGAGCUGCAGUGUAUGUGUUGAAAUGAAGAAGACACACCUGUUAUUUAUCAUUUACUUCUGACAAAAGUAGAGAUUUGUCCGCGCUGACAUUGUGUGUAACCUGAAUAUCCUUUGAAUGUAUUGAUUAACAGCAGAAAAUAUUAUGUCCAUAUGUCUAUGUUGAUUUAAAUGAUGGGUUUUACUGCAUUUCAACCACAAAGGGAACUAUUAUUAUAGUACGUGUACAUUGUAAAUGGUAUGUAUGCAAUGAAUUUAGCCAUGUUAACUAUUUUUUAAUAAACUAGAAUAUAUAUAUAUAUAAGGGACAAAAAUGUUGUUCAGGCAAUGAAGUGGUCAGAACACUGGUCUAAAAACAAGCUGGGUUUUUGUGUUCCGGAUUUUCAAGAGCACCUAUUUGCAGAAAAGGCGUAUCAAUAAAACAAUUGAUAUGACCUGCUUGCCUUCAUGUCUUUUAUUUAUCCAUCUAUUUAUUGUUGGUUGGAGUUCACUAAAGACAAAGUAAUGACACAUAAUGCUUGGAGCACUAAUCAUUAAAAGUCAGGAUAAUGAACCGUUUUUUAAGAAAUGUACUUGACAACAGUAGCGUACAUGCUGUUUCACCAUACUGGUGCCCACACAGCCAUAUGAGGACAAUAUGGACCUAGCUACAGCACGUGUUCACAUGUGAAAGAUCUUGGUCUCCGUUUAAUGCAAUUAGAUGACUAUUUGAGCAUUUCAGCAUUGUUGGAACAAAGUGCAUUGUGUUGAGGGUCUAUUACGGCAGACGAGCAGCAGAAAUAAACCCACUACUCAUUCAGCUGGCAAUGUUCCCCUAAGUGCUCUUUCAGUGCCCUUUUCUCCAUGUUCAAGGAAGUCCUCUCUUUUGUUCGUAAUGAGUGGGCACAUAUGGCAUGAUCACACCACGGGGAAAAACAAUCCACUUGAUAUUCAUAAAUGAGAGAACGUAACUGGUAGCCUCGAGGUUAAAGCGUUGGGCCAGUAACCGAAAUGUUGUUGGUUCGAAUACCGGAGCCGACAAGGUGAGAGAAAUUAUCUGCCGCUGUGCCCUUCAACAAGGCACUUACCCCUAAUUGCUCUAGGGGCGCUGUACAAUGGCAACCCUGGCCAGGAUCCCACUCCCUGCAGGUGUCUUAGGGGGAGUUGGGAUAUGCAACAAAAAAAACAUCUCCAUUACCCACUUGUGUGUAAAAGGACAAAUACAAGCACCCCCCCAAAUUAAUUAAUUAUUUAUGUAAAUUUGCAUUAUUAUAAGGUCGUUCAAUUAAAUAUGCUGGAGCUGUCAUUCUGUUCAACCUGUUCACAUUUUCUUUGUUAUAUUUUUGGUGUCUUACAAACCGACUGAUGAUCAAAUUGACCUUUGACUUACAGUACCAGUCAAAAGUUUGGACACACCUACUCUUCUACAUUGUAGAAUAAUAGUGAAGACAUCAAAACUAUGAAAUAACACAUAUGGAAUCAUGUAGUAACCAAAAAUGUGUUAAACACAUCAAAAUAUAUUUAUAUUUGAGAUUCUUCAAAGUAGCCACCCUUUGUCUUGAUGACAGCUUUGCACACUCUUGGCACUCUCUCAACCAGCUUCAUGAGGUAGUCACCUAGAAUGCAUUUCAAAUAACAGGUGUGCCUUCUUAAAAGUUAAUUUGUGGAAUUUAUUUCCUUCUUAAUGCAUUUGAGCCAAUUCGUUGUGUUGUGACAAGGUAGGGGGGGGUAUACAGAAUAUAGCCCUAUUUGGUAAAAGACCAAGUCCAUAUUAUGGCAAGAACAGCUCAAAUAAGCAAAGAGAAACGACAGUCCAUCAUUACUUAAAGACAUGAAGGUCAGUCAAUACGGAACAUUUCAAGAACUUUUAAAGUUUGUUCAAGUGCAUUCGCAAAAAACAUCAAGCGCUAUGAUGAAACUGGCUCUCAUGAGGACCGCCACAAGAAUGGAAGACCCAGAGUUACCUCUGCUGCAGAGGAUAAGUUCAAUAGAGUUACCAGUCUCAGAAAUUGCAGCCCAAAUAAAUGCUUCAGAGAGUUCAAGUAACAGACACAUCUCAACAUCAACUGUUCAGAGGGGACUGUGAAUCAGGCCUUCAUGGUUGAUUUGCUGCAAAGAAACCACUACUAAAGGACACCAAUAAGAAGAAGAGACCUGCUUGGGCCAAGAAACAUGAGCAAUGGACAUUAGACCGGUGGAAAUUUGUCCUUUGGUCUGGAGUCCAAAUUGGAGAUUUUUGGUUCCAUCCGCAGUGUCUUUGUGAGACGUGGUGUGGGUGAACGGAUAAUCUCUGCAUGUGUAUUUCCCACUGUAAAGCAUGGAGGAGGAGGUGUUAUGGUGUGGGGGUGCUUUGCUCGUGACAUUGUAUGUGAUUUAUUUAGAAUUCAAGGCACACUUAACCAGCAUAGCUACCACAGCAUUCUGCAGCGAUACACCAUCCCAUCUGGUGUGAGCUUAGUGGAACUAUCAUUUGUUUUUCAACAGGACAAUGACCCAACACACCUCCAGGCUAUGUAAGGGCUAUUUUACCAAGAAGGAGAGUGAUGGAGUGCUGCAUCAUUUACAUUUACAUUUAAGUCAUUUAGCAGACGCUCUUAUCCAGAGCGACUUACAAAUUGGUCAGAUGACCUGGCCUCCACAAUCCCCUGACCUCAAUCCAAUUGAGAUGUUUUGGGAUGAGUCGGACGGCAGAGUGAAGGAAAAGCAGCCAACAAGUGCUCAGCAUAUGUGGGAACUCCUUUAAGACUGUUUGAAAAGAAUUCCAGGUGAAGCUGGUUGAGAGAAUGCCAAGAGUGUGCAAAGCUGUCAUCAAGGCAAAGUGUGGCUAUUUGAAGAAUCUCAAAUAUAAAAUAUAUUUUGAUUUGUUUAACACUUUUUUGGUUACUACAUGAUUCCAUAUGUGUUAUUUCGUAGUUUUGAUGUCUUCACUAUUAUUCUACAAUGUAGAAAAUAGUAAAAAAUAAAGAAAAACCAUUGAAUGAGUAGGUGUGUCCAAUCUUUUGACUGUUACUGUACAUUUAUCAUAGUUUUCAAAAGACAAUGUUGAUGCCAAAACAUUUUUGAUUGACAUACCUACUGAAAUUAUUCAUCCUUUUUGGGCUCUACACAAGUUUUCAAAAAUGUUUAAUGGUCCUACAUAAUCUUUAGUAGCCUAAAUCCCCCGUACCUGCCAUCUCUCUCUAGAUCUGUCAAAUCACUGUCUCCCUGUGGGGUCUCACCCCAUCACCAGCUCAACCUUCUAACAUCUCAUUGAGCCUAAUGUGGACCCAGCAGUCAGCCACGGUCUGUUGUAAAUGGGCAACAAUACAUGUCAUUGCCCCAGCAGCAGCAGACAUUUCAUGUUUUUCUGUAUUUUAUUGCAAUGCUUUAUUGUGCAACAGAUCCCUCCCUACUCCCACCUCAUCCUCAUCCUCUCCUCCUCUCCUCAUCCCCUCCUUCUACCCUCAUCCUCCUCCUCCCCUCCUCCCUCUCCCCGCCUCCUAUCUCCCUCUCCUCCCCCCCUCUCCCCAUCCCCAGAUCUCACCUCAUCCCCUCCUUCUCCCCUCAUCCUCCUCCUCCCUCCUCAUAG